CGAACGCGAAGGUCAAAGUGUCAAGCUAUAUCUGAAUUCCAUCAUCGAUCAAAGUGUGAGUUGUUAAUGUAUUUUUUGUUUUUUUUUUUGCUUUUCUAUUUGCUUUUUGUUUCCCAAUAGGUACCUGCGUUAUAACUUUAUAAUUCUAUAGCUCACCAAAUUACCCGAACCAUGCGCUAUUGUUUUUAAUAUCGUCUAAAUAUACAAGUAUUACUUAAAAGAGAACACGCGUACUGCACUACCAGCACUCCGGUGUACUUGAUUUGAACGAGAUUGUCAAGUCGAAUUGUGUAUACUGUACAAAUAAAUAAAUUGAUUUUCCGGUUUAAAAAUAUUACGCAAGUUAAAAAACAUUAAGAUAUUUUCGUCAUUUUUAUCUUUAUUUUGCCGUUUUUCAAGUUUCAAGGUGAAGAAUAUAUUACGCGCGGUAAACCAACUCGGCCUAAGAAAUAAAUUAAGUAUGACUAAACCGUUUGAUGGCGAGUAAUGCUGUAUUAAAUUUGUAAAAACCUUAUUUGGCCGAUAAUUAAUCUUGUGGACAUUUUAGAUUAUGUGAAAGGAACGUAUAGAUUUCCCUGUACGUGUGCUUUGUUUUUUCAAAACCACUUCCUUCCGUGUCAAUGUGGUAAAAUUCAUAUUGUAAUUCAACCUGCAUUUCAUCACUAAAAUCCGCUUACAAAACUACUCUUUGAUUCCCGAGUAUAUUCUCAUUUGAUUUAGAGGGGUAUAAGUAACGGUAUAUCAAUAAUCUAAUAUUAUAUUGGUCCUACAAAAGAAGAACUCAUGUUUAUUCAUUAUUAUGUUGUCAUGUAAUAUUUUUUAAUUUUUUUUGUUGUUUUAUAAGGUAUGUAUUCAAUUGACUUAAAUUCUUUUAUGUACCAGGUAAAAUACAAAUUAAUUAUAUAGUAUUUAAUGUUCGGGGAAAAUUCGACAAUAAACAAACAAUAUAAUAUCUGCUAUAUUAUAUUUUAAGGAAAUUUGGUUCUGCUAAUAGGAUUUACUUUAGGCUCUUUUGGAUGAUUGAACAUACCGGCAUAUGGGGAAAUCACUAAUAAGCUUUCUGAUCGACCUAAUUUUAAAGAAAUGCCUCAAAAAAUUGUACCAAUUAUGAGUGUCUCGGAACUAAAUAAAAUAAAACAUCUACUCCUAGUUCCUCCAAAAUAUUAAGAAGAAAGUUCGAAGUGAUAUUAAUUAGUCUCCGAUACAUAAAGUAUAUUCGUAGCUUACUAAUGGAAAGGAAGGACCCUUCAAUUGGCUCACUUGACAGACACAACAUUGCUAACAAAAAACCAUUUCAAGGGAAGUUCAUAUAGGAAUGUUUUAAAAGGUCGUAAUACUUACAAUUUUCGUAAAGAAUUUAUAUCAAAAUUAAUAUAAAAUAAAAUAAUAAUGUACUACACUCAUUUUUUUUUUGACCACUUAGUACAAUUUAUAAUAAACUUUCUGUUAAAUAUUCAAACAUUUCUGUUUAGUCUAACACACAGUAUCUACCAAAUAAAAAUUACAUACAAAACUCGCAAAAUUAAAAUGUCUAAAAAUAGCUCAAAUAUUUUAAACAUUUUACCACGUCUAGAAAAAAACAAAUAAAAGUUUUUUGUCGAAAUUUAAAGUCUUUAAGAAUAUUUUUAAUUAGAUUACAGUAAAAAAAUAAAAUUCAAAAUAAUAAAAGAUUUACUUUCCUAAAUAUUCCCGUUUUUUCUAAGUAUUUUUCUGCUUAAAAAAAAAAAACAUAUCGUAAUAAUAUUAGUAGACCUUUCGCUAUGGUCUGAAUCUAAAAUAUUUAUAAUAUAGAUAUAUUAUUGGUAUUUCCAUUGUAAACCACAUAUAUUUGCGCGUGCGUGUCAUAAUGUUCAUAAAACAUAGUUCAAGGCACUAAAUAUUAUUGCAAUAUUCGAGCGACUAUAAUUUAAUAUAAUUUAGUGAAUAACGACGUUCUAUAGUGCCGACCUACACGUUUUAACAAUGGGUAUUUCAAUUGGCAUUCGAAUGUCGUUUUUUUAUUAUUUAUUUGUAUUACCAAUCGAAUAGAAUGGAAUUAUUGUCAUAUUCGUACCGUUCAGGUAUGCAGCCGAUGACUGCACAAUACCCUCGUCUUAUUUAAAUAAAUACAAUAUAUUCGUGUUGUGGGGAAAAAAUGGAAACGCAGUGUUGCACAUGAAUAUAGGAAAAAUAAGGAAAAUUUGUUGAUGUUUUAACAUCUCCCUAAAAAUACAAAAAAAUAAAAUUAUAAUAAUUAAAACAAUUUUUUUUUUUCCAGUAAUAUUAAGUUUUCAAUUUAUAUUUGUGUAUUACAACUAUACUAAUCAUAAUUUACGAUACCUAAUCGUGCUUUUGUAGUUUUCAAUUAUUAUCACUACAGCGUUUAUUAUGACGUUUAACCAUAUUUUUAAUGGAUGUAUACAUAAUUGUGAGUCCAUAUAGAACAAAGAAUCUAAAUAAGAUUUGUUUAGCAUAUAUUUAAUGCAUAUAUUAAGGUAAUUUAUAUCGAUUCAUAACUUCAUACGUUUAGAAUAACAAUCUGGAGUAAAAUAAAUAUACUUACAGUAAUCCAAUUUCUAUUUCGAAAAACGAUUUUACAUAUUGUAAGUAUAUACAUCUCUUCUAUGGUUUUUCAAACAUUUAGUUAUAUACAUUAAUUUAUAUUUACAUAUUUUUUUUUUUUUUGUAGUACUUAAGUGCUAAUUUUUUUUUUAAAAAAAAAAGAUAAACUCAUUAGAAGCACUUAAUCUUUUUUUCUUAAAGUAAACUUGUACUUAAGUGUUACGAAAAAAAUAAUUAAGAAAAGUUAAACUCAUAAUGUACAUUAACUAUGUAAAUUAACUAAAUAAAAGAAUGAAAAUAUAUUUUCUACAAAAUAUAGUUCAGAAAUCGAUAAAUUCAGGUAUUUUCUCAAAAUUAAAAUUUUAAGCUAGCAAUAAUGGGCGGGCAUUUAUUCUAGAUUGUCUAUCUAAAUUGUCGUGAAAACGUCAAUUUUAGUUUUUAAGUAUAUUUGUAUAUGCAUAAUAUAUAAUUUAAAAUAAUAUUAAAAUCAGUGAACGAUUCGAUCAAAAUCUAGUAAAGGUAUUGAAGUAUACAGUUAUAUAUGAAUCGAAUUAUUUACCUGCGUGGACCCCUGUCCCCCAAUAAAUGUACUUUGUAUUCAAAUCUGGACCCUGGUUACAUGGUUUGAACAAUCUAACAGCCACACUGCUCUUCGCAACAUGUGUGUACAAUUUUUUAAAAACAAUUUAUUUAUAAUUUAUGUUUGAUUAUAUAAAUAAAUAUUUGCAUACAUAUACAAUAUAUUAUAUACUUAUAUUUAGAGAUCAAAAUAUGAACAAAAUAGGAAAAUGUAAAAAUAAUAUGUUUCUGAAAACCCGAUAUAUUUUACUACAAGAAAACCACUUUUUUCUUGGAAAUUUCGAUCCCUUCUUCAAAUACUGAUCUCACUAAAUGCGCAGAUCCAGGAAAAAAAUAUAAUAUUAUCAACCCGGGCGGUUCUGUUCUUAUCGCCAAAAAAUAUUUUCUAUCUACGCCCUUGGAUAGCAUUUUAUAUUUUAUAUCGUAAGUAUUGGCGUUGCAAUAAUCAUAACCAAUUUAAUGUAGUCCAAGAAGUUCAGGGCACCUCAGCUCCGAUAAUAAACUGCCCUCCGAUGAUGCUGUUUUCCGCUUCCGGUCCGGUGCCGCCUAAACUCGAUUGGAAAGUGGGUAAAACGGUAGUACCGGUUAUGUCAUAUUAUUAUUAUGCUUUCCUCUAUUUCGACGCGCAAUCUCCAACCGUCGUCAAUAGCGUUGAUAUAUGCCUAUAAGAACGUAAAUCUAAGUAUAAAUCUAGGUUUACACAGAACAUAAUCCACAAUGGUGUUUCACGAGUUUCUUAGUUAUAACUCACGAUCGAAAACCGCUUCACAAAAUGUAAAGUCAAUUACUACACCAUAAACAGUAUUUCAGUUCAGUAAAAUGAAAUCGUAGUGAUGUAUUCUACGAUUGAAGCUUUAAAAUUUGAAUGGCCGAAAGUGUUUGAUAUUUAACGCCUUUCAUCAAUGAUAAUCCCGAGAUCAUAAAUUACAAACUAUCUGUUUACACAAAUCGUGAACCAUGCUUGCAAUAAAACACGAUCGUGGUUCAAUUUUCGUGAAAAGCUCAGCUUUAUAUAGAAUAAUAAUGAGCAUUCACCAGGUAAAUUUGGUGAAUUGAGUAAAUUCAGUUUAAAAAUAAAAUACACAAUCAUUUAGCGAGACAUUUUAUUUAUAAACUCGUUUUUUAUUUCAUACAUAUGGCCAUAAAUUGAAUAGAUACCUCUUGAUAAGUAAUCAUAACAAUCAGUCAGGAAAUUUACAUAUCAGUUAGAAUAAACAGUUUGUCCAAAAAAAAAAAUAAUAUGUUUACCUCUAUUUUAGAUACUCGUAAGUAAAUAUCCCAAAUAUUUUUUUAUAAUUUGAGUAUUAAAACAAGUAUCACUAAUAUGGACCAACUCAGCAUCUCGUGUUAUUACUUAGAGAACUACGAGAUAUCGAUUUGACGACGACCGCGUUUUGCCUGUCAUUCGGUCACGUCACCAUGAAUAAUUUCUGAACGAGAAACGUUACAAUAGAAUAAUAUAAUAUAUUGAAUUCUGUUUUUAUUUUUUUUUUCAGAUUUUGAGCAAACCAAUAAAGAAAUGUGUUAUACUUUUACUAUGUCGUGUUUGUUUUAGUAGAAUUUUCCCCUGAAAAAGAAACUAUUGCAGCUUACGUCCAUUAUUUAUAUUCAUAAUAAUAUUAUACAUGGUAUAUAUAUAUAUUUAUUUGUCGUACCAAAAAAAAAAAAAAAGUGUUUAUUAAGAGCAUUUUUCUCACAUUCCAAAUUUUUUUUUAAACUUCUGUCAUGUUUUUGAAAUAGUUAAAUUAAAAAAUUUUGAAUUAUGGAAAUGUCUGAAACUUUUUUUUUCUUGGGGCAAAAGAUAAAUAGUUCAUUUUUUUUCCUAUACCAAAUGAACACAAAAUUAGAGUUAUUUAACAGACGAUAUAGGGUUAUAAAAUUGGAAUUCAAUUCAAUUUCAAUAUAAAUUGCGCUGUGUUGUUUCGGAAAGAGGUAUUGAACACUCCUCUAUAGGAGUCUAUAUCCAAUUAUCUGAUACUAAAACUUAUUGACUGCUAUAAAAGUAUAAUUAUUAUAUAUUUUUCUAUGUGGAAUUUCGUAUGUGAAUUGUUCGACGUUGCCAAAAGCUAUAAUAAUUUGCAUAUCAAGUUCAACACUACACCAAUCAGUGGUUUUUAACCUUUUUCGUUUCAGUGCCUCUUUACCGAGAUAAUUUACUACUGACGUCCCUUCACGCAAAGCUAUACGCUUAUUAUUGCUUUAUUGAUCUUUUGCUUUUGAUUUAGUUUUUUUUUUUUAAUUAACUGUUUUUAAACAAAUUAUUAUUAUAAUGUUAUAUUACAGGAAUCUUGUUUUGGUGGCCAUUACUAUAGGAAUCUUGACCAAAUUAUAUAACAAUUCUAUAAUCCGGCCGUGUACAUAACUAUGUUUAUUUCACGUGUGAUGAUAUGUGUCGCUGGAUGCUGGUGUUUUUUUUAUUUAUCCAUCAUUCCGUAUUUAAAAGCUCACUGCUCCCUCAAGAGACCGAAAUGCCUCCUAUGGGGUGUUACCGCCCCUUGUUAAGAACCACUGGUGUAAAUUAUCAAAUAAGUAAUUAAAUUUCGGUAGUUAUGUUUCUUGCAUAGCGAUUAUUAGUUUCAAACAUUAGAAAAACUUUUUAGCGACCCACGUCUAAUAACCCGACCUUAUGAAACGCUUUAUAACUAAAGUAUAGUUUAAGGUUAUAUAAUGUGUUUAUAAGUGCUUCGAUAAAAUUUGGACGCAAUCUUUUUUUUUUAAUAUUAUACAAUUAUAGAGACCGAUGGGCAGUUCACACAAUACGCAAUGUGCAACACGUAGUAAGCACGUGAAUAAUUGUACGCUGGUAGCAGAUAAAAACGUAAACAAUUUAAAACUAAAAACUUUUCCAUACUGAUUAAACAUGUUGUUAAACUUCGUUUCGCUGACGCUAAUAUUUCUGCUGUUACAAUUCGAAGUUUGAAUUUUGAAUUUUUCACCCGAGUAAUGUGUCACACGGGAAUUUUUAUCGAGACAAAUUUAAUUUUUAUUUUCAUAUAUUAAUCAAUAAAAAAAAAAAAUCUUUAAUUGUUCACUUUCGAAAUUUCAUAUAUUAUCCUAAAAAAUUAAUAUAAACUACAUACAUUUCUGGUAAAUAGUUUCACAGUAACAAUAGUUUUGAUUUCUAGAGAAGGGACAUCCCUUCUUCUACAUUACUUUUAUAAAUGUUCUGCGAUUAUGAUUCUCUAUCAACAAAUAAAUUGUGAAAUACUAAUCAUCUAUUGGAAAUUAUUUUUUUCAUACUUUAUUUCCAGAAAUUAAAACCGCUAUUACUAUAAUACCAUUUGUUGUAGAUUAUAUAUGUAUGAUGCAGGUUAGAUUAAAUUUUAAAGAGAUCGAAUUAAACGAUUUUCUAGUUAUUAAGAGCUGACCAGAAAAAUAAAUGUUUUCUAUAAUAUAAUAUACUAUAUAUGUUUCUUCGAUAAUAAUACAAUUGAAAAAAUAAAAAACAUAUAAUAUUAACGGAGAUAUUAUAAAAAUAUUAUUAGCAUGGGAAAAACACGGUUGUAAGACUCCUCGUGUGGUGGUAAAUCGAGAAUUUAGUGAAACAACUAAUAAUAUGAUAAUAAUAAAAAAAUUAUUAGGUUUUGGCGUUAAUAUAUAAUAAACUAUAUGCACUAUAUACGUAUUGUAUUACUCAAGGUGUCUUUUUUUGUACUGGGUAAACAUAUAUAAUAUCAAAGGGAGACUAGACUGUUCGCGUUUAAAUCCGAGUACAGUAGUUUUCCCUCUUACAUAUUUUACUGUUUGUUAAUUAUUUUUCAAGAAAUAAUGAAGACUGUCACAAAGGUUUUAUUAAAGGGGAAAACGCGCCAUUUUAUUAAUGAACCAAAAAUAUAUGAAUAAAAAAAAAAAAAUCCUUUUUUUUUUUCUUCGGAACGGCGUUAAAACUAUGCAAAAUCGAUACGCCUGUGCGUGCAAAUCUCUUGCCGAUACAUUCAUAUUAUUCAUAUUAUACAUUCCGCGACAACGCCUGACGUAUUUACACGAUAAGAAUAACUAUAAUAUACCUUAACUACUUUAUUGUAAUCAUCUGCACGAAUCGGGAAAGGGGCUGUUUUCCCCAUCACAAUAUUCAGUCGAGCGCCUCCUUAAAACUUCAAAUACUUAUCGAGUAAAUAUUAAGUUCAUAUAAUCAAUAUCACUCAAUAAUUCAGGGGCUCUAAAAUCCCUUACAAAAAAAAAAAAAAAAAUAUAUAUAUAUAUAUUUGGGAUAUUUGCUUUUAUUAUAAUAUUAUUAAGCAUUGCAAGGUAACUUAUCCAAAUUAAAGCCAAAAAUAAACCAGCAACAAAUCGGAUAGACUAUUUUAAAUUGUUGUAUAGUUGUUAUGGCAUUUUUAUUUCCUCGUAUUGUUUAUUUUUUUGUUCAUUUCAUCCGUGUUACUAUAGUUAUCCAUAAUUUACAAAAAUAAUUUAAUUUUCGUACCGAAAAUAACUAAACAUAUUUCAUCUCUUUCAGAUUUUGUUUCGUGACAAAAAGUAGCAUAUGUUUUGUUCCAAGGUCACAUUUAUCUCUAUACCAAUAUUCAUUAAAAUCCGUUCAGUGGUUUUUACGUGAUAGAGUAACAAACAUCCAUAUAUCCUCACAACUUUUCACAUUUAUAAUAUUAUAUAAUAUUAGUAGGAUUAAGCAUUAUGCACACCGUAUAGAAGCUGUAACGUACGAUAAACCAAAAAAAAAGAAUAAAAAAUACCAAGUGAACUCACAGGAAAAAAAUUACCUACAUUUAGGUGCAUCAACCAUUUAAAUCCCAUAAAUACGUGUAUAUUUUUUAAUGAAAUUAGAUUUAACUUGUUUUUGUUUUAGGUAAAACAACCAGAUAACUCCGGACUUAUUUGGUUUUUGCUCCAAAUAUUGUAGUUUUACAAAAUGUGUUUUCCCUUUAUGGGUGCUAUUGAUAAAAUAAAAAUAUGUUUAAACAUUUUUUUUCUAAAUUCGCAUUGUUAAAAAAAAAAUGAUUUUUAUUUAUACUGAGCAAUUUCAAAAAGUGGAUUUAUCUGGUUUUUGCUCCAAGCCCUUCAAAUGUUCUCUGGGUGGUAUUUUAGAAAGGUCAUUUUUUUAAAGUCUUAUAUAUAUAUUCGAGAUAAAGAGGAAAAUCUGAUUCUUUAGGUUAAAAAAGAUUGAAAGAUUAAAAAUAAGGUUGUCAUUAGUAACCGAUUUUAUUUAUUUUUUGUUAUUAUUAAGUUUCUAUUAUUUUAAUCUUAUUUAAACAAUUAUUGUUGUCAUGAAAACGCACACUUUUAUAAUAAUUUUACAAUAAUAUGACAUAUACAUAUUAUUGAAAAAGCAACAUAAUCAACUAAACUUCACUCAAAAUAAAUUGUUCUUUCGUUAGCAAUCGUUUAUCUUUACUUACGGAUAUACAUUAAAUUCCCAUAUCUAUCCAAACUUCCCAACUUUCCACACACAACAGCGGCUGCACCCACGUGCGAAGUAUGUCCGUCCCAUUUAUAUAUAUAUAUACCCGAAAUCUCGCUUUGAUAUAUACGUGUGACAUCCUUUCUGAAAGACAAAAUUGUCUAUAUAAUCUUUUUGGGGAGUCAUUAUUUGAUUUUUCAAACGGUUCAUAAUAUCUGUGAAACCCCACGAUAAAACGUUGGAAAAACGGGCAAGGUACGAAAAUAAUAUUUUUUUAUUAUUAUAAUUUGUUAUUUAUCGGUCCGUUGCCAUGUUACUGAGUUAGGCGCUAAUAAAUCGAUUGUUAUUGCUAGGUAACAAUAUUGCAUUGUUUUAUGUAUAAGCGCUGGCAUUACUUACUUACGUGUACAAUGCAUUAGUCGUUAUUUGAUUUCAGCAAAUCGCGUAGAUUUCGACCGAAAACAUUAGGAAUGUUUAAAUGGCCUUUUACAAAUCGAACAUUCGUCAGUCGAGUCAAUAUUGUAUUUUUCACCAAAUAAAACUGCUAUGAAAAGCAAUAAAGACACUGAGGAUUCGAUUGGGAUUUUAAAGUCGUCGUGUACUUCAAAAUUUUACGCGUAAUAUUAUUACGGUUGUUCGUAUAAGAAUGUUUUUAGUUAAUUAUAAAUGCACAUUAGCUUUUAGCGACGGCUUCCGCCCGUCCGUCCGUUUAAUCAUUUAACCGAACUCUACGGACAGACUCGGGGUUUUUUUUUUUUUUUUUUUUUGUAUUGUCCUUUAGGGCUUUUCGAUUAUUACUCGGUCGCCAAUAUGUCGCGGGACCGACGACUUUCGAACAAAAGCGGUGUAUUUUUCCGCAAUCCCUCGGACCGGAGUAAUCGCCGUCGGCGCGUUUACCGGGCUACGGAUAAUAGGUUUUUUUUUUCUUUUUCUUUUUUUCCCCUCUAGAUGAAACGGAGUGUGGAAAUAACGGACCGAUAAACAUGUUUCGCGGAGGGUAAAUAACGGUAUAACACGGUACGGUUACGAAAUACGGCGGCGGCGAGCGAUGGAUUUCCCGUACGCCGCCGGUGUAACAUCGUUGUCGUUAUUGUUACGGAUGCCUAUACGCGCGAGAGCGUACACCGAGCGGCAACAACGGUACCUGUUGUUGUCCGGGGACACCGCGGUGUAUUAUUUCGGCGCGGCCGUAACACCGCCGGCACGGUACGCGGUCACGGACGGGUUGCGGUGGCGAUUUACAACCGGAUACGGUGCCGGAACGUGGCGCGGACGGCGCAAUAACCGCGACACGCACCUGCUACCCACCCCCCGCCCCGUCGUAAAUGUAUCGAAACCGGACGUAAUAAACGCGAUCGUCCGGCAGACGUGCCGGCGGGUUACGCUGCGAGUAUUAUAUUAAUAUACCGACAUCGGCGACGUUAUAAUAUUAUUAUUUAUCGCCAUCGUUAUUAUUACCAUUAUUGUUAUCGCGCGGCACGUAUACCUAACCUACCUACGGUUAUUGUUGCCGUCGGGUCGUCCCGGAAAGGCCGUUUGAGAGUCAAUGCGGCGGCGGCGGGCGGCGAAAAGGGGAAAGCGGACAAUAAUUUCGUCAUUUCGGACUGCGUGUCGCACGGACGCGCUUGCUAUAUCGGAUUCUGAGCGGACCGAGUAAUGUCGCGGUACCGGUAGUUCUACCGCGACUGUUUCACGCGUGUUCCUCGCUGAGCGUCUCGCGCGUCCGUUUCUGUUCGCCGAAGAUCGCGCUCCGGUCGAAAACAUAAUAUAUAACAAAAAAAAAAAAUAUAAUGCAUUAUGUGUGUAGGUGUAUAUGUAUUGUUUUACCACUAUACGGCCAUGUAUACUAUUGAAAAAUGAUCUCUAUAAACCGAACUCCGCUCAGAAUCGUUUUUCGUUAGCAACGGUUAAUCGUUGCGUACAGAUAUACAUUAAAUUUCCUCGUACAACAGUGGCCCAUCAAUCACGCGAAGUAUUUCCAUAUAUUUUUUUCAACUUUCGUUUGUAGUUUCCUUAGCAUAAGCGGAUCGCUUUUUCUUUUUACUAUUUCGUUGGUUUCUAUACGUUACCUCGAAAACAAGAAAUAAUAAUAUUAUGCUCAGAACCGUUUUUCGCUAACGGCAGUUUAGCGUUUCGUAUACAAAUAUAUUAAAUUACUGUGUACAUCCUCUUUGUAACUUCCGUCCUAAAACAGUGGCACGUCCAUCAGCAGUAUCCUACUUAGAUAUUAUUGCAUUAUGACGUUAUGCAUUAUUGAUUAGAAGUUAUAAAAUAUAACAACCGUAAUUUUCGGAUGCACUCAAACGAUAAUGGCGAUAGCGUACAAAUAAAGUUCAGCAAUUUUGUUUACGUCAGCGAUCAAUUAUUUAGCUAGCACGCAAUCAAAUUAAAAAAAAAAUAAUAAUAAAAUUAUUAAAAUACCAAACAAAGUACGACAUAUCAACUUUCGACCUGUGUACACUGCAAACAUUUUUUUAUGUAUAAAUAUACGUACUAACAAUAAUCUGGUUUGAGUUUUUUCCGUACUAAUAACCAACGUUUUAAUACUAUCAUUUUUAUUCUACGUAGGGAAAAAACAAGACGGUUAAUAUUUUGCCGUAGGCACUUUAACAGUUGUUUCUUUCCGAUAAUUAUUUAACUAUAAAUCGGUAUCGUAUACUAGGUGUACAAUACCUUUAUCAAUUGACUUUAUUUCAUCUAUAGCACGAGUACACUCCGUAUAGGCAUACGGCGUGUCCUCCAAGUUCGGCGGAUUUUUCUGGAGCUGUUAAUGUUAAAUAUUUUUCAAUUAUGUUUUUUUUCAAUAGAUUUUUCUUUGAGGGCGACAUCGAUUCGGAAAAAAAUUAAAUUUUUAUUUCCAUCUCCUUAAAUACAAAAAAAAAAAAAAAAAUAUAAUAAAAUAACAAUAAUAAAAUAUAAAUUGAAAAUUAUCAUUUUGUAAAAAAUAUUAUUCUAAAAAUUUUAAUAUAUCACACAUUAAUAUCGGAUGAAUAGUUUCUUAUAAAUAGCCGUUUGAAUUUCUAGAAAAUAAGUGCGAAAACAAUUAAUAUUAUUCAAUAAACUACUGUUGCGAUCAGAAACUACGGUGUGGCGUUUGUGAUUAUUAAAGAAUGUUAAUAUUAUCUUCACACAUUUUUAACAACUCUAGAAAAAUCUGUCGAAUAUUAUUCCUUUGAAAUAUAUUGACAACUUUCAGUAUCAUGUAUAAACGAUUUAUUAUAAUUAUUAUUUGUUCCGGAAUUUAUACUUGCACUUAAAAUUAUUAUUAUUAUUUUUUUUUUAUGUUUCGGGCCAUCGGCUAUUAAAAAUUUAAAAGAAAAUAUUUGUUUAUAGUAUCUGAUAUUGUAUAUACAUCAAAAAUACCGAGAAAGUUGAAUAAAAGUUUUCAAAAUGUUUCCAUGCGUUUUGAAUCGCCGUUCCGUUUAAAUUAAACAAUACUUUUUAAUUUUAUUUUUGGAAUUUACAUAAAAAAAAAAAAAAAAAAAAAAAUGCUGAUACUGCUGAUUGGUAUACAAGAUAAGUAGGAAGGGUGAAUUUUUAGAAUGGUUUUAUUGAUAUUUUUGCCUCAACAACAAACUAUUGUUACCUAAAACGAUUUCGAGAAAAGUAUAUUUUUAGUAAUAUUUUUUUCUCUGCAAUAUAAACAUAUUGCUAGUUUUUCCGGUAAUCCAGAAAAAUACAAGGAAAAUCAAAAAAUUACUUCUUAAAUGCACCUUUUAGAUCUAUACAAUUUUUUUUUGGAGCAUAAUUUCUGGUAGAAAUGCAGUUUACAGGCCAAAGUAACACAAUUUACUCAUACUACGUACUAGAUGUUAACUGGUAAUUAGUGAUAAUACGAUUAUUAAUGUUAUAACCAUAUAAUUAUAAUUAUCAGUAAAUUCCUUUUAAAUUACUAGAAUGUAAAUUUUUUAAAUAAAUAAUAAAACAAAUUUUUUAUGUGUUGUUAAUAAUUUUUUCGAUUUUCAAUAGAUAACGUAAACAUAUAAGUACUCAGUUUAAGUUUAAUAAAUUAAAAUGUUUGAGUAACUCACCUCAUUUAUUGGUCCUGUGAUUACCAAAAUAAUCAGUAUUACUCAUAGAGUAAACUACAUCUACAGUUUUUAUUUUUAAUCUUUAUCCGUAGUCGAUCCUUUCUAUUCUAACAGGAACUGACACCCGUUCGACUUUUAGAUUCAUUUUUUUAAUAUUACAAAAUAUUAUUUAAGUCUCGGAGAAACCGCAGAUUUGUAUCUCGCCGUUAAGACAAUCGGAUUUUUCUCCCCAUCGAUUCUUUUUUUUUAACAUUUAUCUUUCUCUCAAUAUAUUUUAUCGGACAGGAUGAACAAACGGAAGUAGGGCAGACUACGAUAUCCCCACUGAUACUAAAUUAUAAUAAAACAAUAUUAUUAAAAACAAAUUAAUUCCAACCGCAAGUAAAUUAUCUACCUAAGUCAUAUUAUAAUACUGUACUGUAUAUAAAUAUAUUAUGUAUAAACGGUAUAAUGGUAAUAUAUUUGUGUUAUUUUAUUUUUUUGUUUCGUACAAAAUGUACGCGUAUAAAACGGCCGAUAUUAAUCAAACGCGUAGCAUUAUGAUUUUGACACGGCAAUCGUCGCGUUCCGUAUCGAUUCCAGAAGAAGAUAAUAUUUUAUUAAUAAUAUUUAAACCGCGUUGCGCAUAAUAAUAAUUAUUAUGAUUUGUCGAAAACACUGUGGCGAUAAAUGUACCAGUAUAAACAAAAAUUAAAAUGUACGCAUAAAAUAUGUUUAAAACUUUCGAAACUGUUACGCUCGCUUCGUUUUCAAAUAAUGAUUUAUAUUAAACUAUUAUCAUUAUAAGUAAGUACUGAUUUUGGCAGCCGAGUCCCGUGCGAUACGAGUGUCGGCGUCGGAACAGACCACCAAUAUUUUGUACGUAAAUAAAAGACAAUGAUGACGAGUAUAAAAUUAUGUAAGAUAAAGAUAAAAGACAAUUGUCAGUAAUCUAGAUAACCGAAAAGAAAACUAAAGUAAGAUAAUAUUCAUACAACUAACUUUAUUUUAGGUACCUAUCUAACUUAGAUUCAGAAUAUUAAAUUGAAUAUUCAAAAUUGUAUGGCUAGAUUAGAGAAAGUCUGUCUAAUACUGUUUAUCAAAUAUCAAUGACUUAUUUGUGUGCUCGUCGCCUAGGAAAAGUAGUGAAAGUGUAUGAGUGGUACUUUAUAUUGUUUAUGUGCGGUACGUCGCAAACAUUAAAUUAACCAAAACAACUUUUGGAAGAUGAUAACUCAAUAUUAACUGUUGUCUGUGUAUUAACUAAAAAAAAAACAAAAAGAUAAUUUGGUUUUACCUAAAUAAUUGUUAGGUAUCUAGAUUGUCUUUUAAAUACCUUUUUAUAUAAUAAAAUAAGAUAUUAGAUAAUUAGAUAAUUUCAAUAAUAGAUACAGCUUAGUUGCUAACAUGACACUCAUUAUCGCUCGGAGAGCAUAAAUUGAUAAUGGGAGGGAGGAACUUAGGAAAUAUGGUGUUUUUAAGCCGUAGAAGAAGUAUUAGUCUUUCCACGACACUUUUCAAUCAAUUAGCCUAACAUAUAUUUUUUCGAACGAAUUUAUUUAUUUUUUCAACUGUCAACAGUAAUAUUUAACGCGGAUAUUUGCACAUUCAUUUUUUUUUUUUCUAUAUUUUUCAUAAAUUAACUGGGUGGUAAAAUAUUAUAUUUCAAGUUUUUUAGGAGGUGUAAAUAGCUUCCCUGGUGAUAACUAAUAAAAGUUGUGUUAUAGAGUAUUGUUACUUUAAAAACAAAAUACACCUGUAGCAUACCUGUUACACCACCAGAGAUAGAAAAACGGUAUAAGUUAAAGUUUUAAGUAUGAAUAGUAUUUUUAAUAGGUAGAACGAAAUAUAUAAAAAUAACGAACUCUCACACCCGUUCCCACAGAAAAUGGCACACAAAAUAACCACCUAUGAUUUUCAAUAUCAAAACUCAAAAUAUCCGUGAACAAUACAAAUGUAAAGUUAUUAUAAUAAUUUAUAGGUAAUUGUUUAUUAUAGUAUUAUCCGCAAAUUGCAUCGACUUGGCAUUUUCGUCAAACAAGAAAUACAGUGCGGGCCAGGGAAACCGGGAGUAUUAAAGUAAUUCUCACAAGAGCAAAAACAAAAAAAUUUCAAAAAAAUUGUAUAGGAUUGCACAGCAAAACGUUAAAAUUUAAUUUUCUAAAAUAUUAUUCAUGAUAAAUUACAAUAAUUACUAAGUAGUCAACUUUUUGCACAGCUAUUUUUUUUUUUUUCAUUGUUCCUGUGAAUCAAAUUAAAACUUAAUCUUAAUAAAAUAGUUCAGGAUACAUUUCUGAAACUGUAUUAAUACAUAUAAAAGUAAAAAAAAAAAAAACAAUAAUAUUACAUUUGCAGCAGCUAAUAUUUCCAACUACAAUAUACCUAUUAUAAUAGUGACCGACAUAAAACAACGGCUCGUGGCUUAACAACUUAAAAAUCAUAAAAAAAUAUAAACAAACCAAACCCAUUAAAAUGUGUUUAUCAGGAAGACUUUUAACGUUUAAUUUUUAAAACGCGUGGGUAUUUAUUUUAUAAAUAAUAAUAGACAGCUUGAUCCUAUUCGUGUACUCGUAACACACAAUUAAUUGCAUUUAAAUUUUUAAAAACUAUUUCAUUACAAUUCUUUGCAGUGAUUAUCGCAGUAGUUGUACUGAAUCAAGAAUAUCUGGAUGUGGAAGUUUUCAGUGGUAUUUAAAAAUGAUACUAUAGGAUAUACGUUUCGUAUAAGAAUUCGUCUAUCUUGUUGAGGAUCGUAUAUGAUUUCCAGUCUUAUAACUCGCGAAAGUUGAUUUUUUUUGUUGUUUACUUCUUAGGAUCUGUGUUAUGAAAAAAAUAGUAAUCAUAAUAUAUUUUUUUGUUACGUCAGGCAAAAGCAAGCCAUUUUAAAAAAGAUUUAAGAGAUAAAAAUAGGUAAAUAAAAGUAUUAAAUUAUAAUAAAAAGAAUAUGCAAAAGUUCAAUUCUGAAAAAAAUAUAUGGUAAGUGUGCUAUUAUAAAACUUACAACUUAUUUGAAUGUAUGAAAUAAAUAACUGCAUAUAUAAAACUUAUAUUUAUUCUGUAGUAACAUUAUAGUAAUCGUUAUACGCUUGAAGUAAAAAAAAAGGUGAUGCUCAUGAUAUUUGAUAUGCAUUCAAUACUAGCUGUUACCUAUGACUUUGUCCAUCUAAAUUUUUAUAAUAUUUUUUCAACAGACAAAUGUAAAACGAAAAGGUAAAAUGUAGAAAAAAUAUGAGUAUAUUACCAACAGUUUUAAUUUAGUAACAGAUAUUUUAAACUAUUCUUAUUUUUUAAAUGUUUAAAACGAAAUAAUUUUUCUUUACAAUUACACUAUCUACACGAUCAGUUUACACCUAUUUAAAGUAACUAAAAUCUCCCAUUUUUUUAUUUAUGCAACUCUCUCAUCCCGAUUAAUUACAAUUAGUAUAAAGCUAUUUUUCCACACUAACUUUGGUACUCGUUUCUAUGAUUUUAAUUCCAAAAAGGUUGACUUUUCGAAAUUACUUAUUAGUAUUAGGAUACAGUUUGAUAAUUCGCAUUGAGUUAUUUCUAAAUGUGUUCAAAUUGUCACUCACAGCUAAAACCUCUAUGAGUUAGUAGUUGUACAUUUUUAUGAAGUGGGAGUAUGGGAUUGGUUUAAAGCACUAUUCACGCACAAUAGUCAAAUAGUAUCAUUUUCCAUAUGUUAGAUUACAGUUGUUUAGUUUUAAAGGAUAGUUUUUUCAGUCAAGGGUUUCAUUAUUUGGUAGAAUUAGGAUAAAGAUUGAUAUUUAUUAUCUUUCUCAAUAAUUUUAAUGUGCGAAAAAGGAAUUUCUAAGUUCGAACUCCUAGAAUUUAUAAAUUUUUAACAACAAUUUAUGGGGUAGAUUUCCUACAGGAAUAAGGUGUUUAUCAUUUUCAAUAUACGUCGCUUUUCAGUCCUCUAACUAUCUCUAUGACAAAAAUUAUGUCAACUCCGGUUUGUAGUAAUUACUUAAGUAUAUAUCCGUAUGUUGGAAAACGUUAAGUUAUAUUCGCGAACGCGGCCAACAUAAUAAUAUUACCCUAUUCUCUAACACCCAAAAUGUGUUUGUAAAAAAAGGGGAAAAACCCGCGUAGCCACCACGUAAUCGUGUUCACUUGAAAAUUUUGGACACGACCUUUGGGAAAUACCGCAUUGAAACGUCCAUCCCAUAUUGUUCGCGUCGGAUUUUUAAUCUGCAGCUCUGUGAAAUAUUUCGAAUAAGACCCGAGGAAUCGCAUUUUAUUCGGUAAAAUAAUAAAUCACAUGAAAUCAAUAAGAUACAGUACAUACUCGGAUAUGUAACAUAAUAAUAUAAUAAAAUAUCGCAUGGCCGUCCUCGGUCAGUUGGCCCGAAAACGAACGGAAAUGUCUCGGGUUCGAGACGUGCGUGUAAUCGAAUGAGACCGCAGGACUAAAAAAAAAAAAAAACAAAACAAAAAUGACAACAAAAAAUGUGAAUCGGUAAAGUCCCUUCCGACACUCGGGUCUCCGGGAUAUAGCCAAAGGUUUUUGACCAGAUAAGGACUGUCCUAUUACCCGUAAUAAACAUUCUCCGAAUGGCACGCGUGACGAGAAUAGAGAUUAAAACCGGAAAAAAAUUAUUUCGUGUCCUUCGAAAAAUAAAUGGUUCUCUCUAUAGUUGGACAUUAGUAACAAUGAUAUAUUAUAUUAUAUAACUUAUUGACUAUUGUCGUAAACUGAUUAGAGAAAUCGUUACCUAAUUAUUUCCCUCAGCUUUCUGUUGCGAUUUAAUAUUAUCAUUCGCGGCGUACCUCAUAUAUGGAUUGCUCUUUAGAUACUGUAGGCUACUAUUGCUGGCAGAAAGUAAUGGAUAUUUGUGAUAAUUUAGUAUGUUAUACAUUAAAAGAAGCGAUAAAUUAUUGCAUUUACAAAAUGAUUCUAAGCAGAUAUCGAUAAAUGUAGGUAAGAUUAUAGUACCGGUUGAUCCAUUGAAGUGGGUACACUCAUUAUAUCGGUGUUAACUUAUGAAAAGUAUUAAUAUUUCGGAAUUUAUUUUCAAGAAAAUUUAAGAAUUUAUAGUUAUUUCCGGGGGGUAAAACAUCUACCUACAUUUUAUUAAUGGAAACCUAUAUUAAAAAUUCCAUAACUAUAUUGAGUAUAAGUUAAAAUAAAUUUGAGUGUUGAAAUGUUUGAUUUCUGUCAAACAGUUGACGAGAUAUUCCACUUUUAAUUUUAGGUUGGAGGAGAGUAGUAGUGCAUUAUUGACACACCGUGCGCCGUACCACCACACAAGUAAUACUCGGAUCUACGAAAAUAAAAAAUGUCGAUACUAAAAUUUAUUUUAACUAAUACUCCAUUUAUUUAUAGAUUUGUAUUAGUGGUUGUCAUUUGGAGAUCAAAAGUAGGUGGUGGUUUAUCCUUAAAAAUAAGGGUGGCAAAAAUAACAUAAAUAUACAAUUGUAGAGCAUCUCGUUUUUUAAAUGUUCUAGAAAACAAAUUCUGGAAAAAGUUAAUACUUUGCGAUAUAAUGAGUAUACCCACUUAUAUGGAUCACCUGGUAUUAGGUAUAGCCAUACACCCCUUUCAUAUUGCCAAGGUAACUCAGAUCCCAAUAAAAAUAAAACCACCAUUAUUAUUGUCAAACUUUGGUUUCUAAACAUAAGUAUAGAUAUCUUAAAUUCUCGUUGUGUCCGUCCGUCCGUCCGUUCGCAGUUAUUAAUACAUAGUAACGAUUAUUGAAUUGAUUGACAAAAAGAUUUAUUAAAUUAUUCGUAACAUUAUUAUUGUUUUAUUGUACAUAGUUUAUUGGUUUAAAUACGUUAAAAAUCGGCAAUUCAGGUAGUUCGUUGAGUUAAUUUGUUUUUUUUUAAUUUUUUAGAAAACUGAUAGGAAUCUAGAGACAAUAUUUCACAAUACUAAUUAGCAAAAAUCCAUUUAAUUUAAAAUAUGAUUUCAAGAGUUUGAAACCUUUUUUUUUGUGUUUUCUGAGAAAAAAUAAUAAAUCUUAAAAUCUUUAAUAGCUUUUUCAUUACACAAGGAAUAUAAAAUUAACACAAAACGAUUGUACCUCUUAGUGUAUAAUGCAACGUUUUUCGAGAAACUGGCUAACACGAUAUGUAUUAUAAAUGUAUAUUGUUUAAAAUGGACGUCGUUAUUAUUAUCGACAAAAGUUUAUAUUGAUUGAUUAAAUAUUUACGAUAUUUGUAUAUAGAAGUGAAAAAAAAAAUAAACCUCUACUAUGCUAGGGAAAAAUAUAAUUACAUUUUUGAUCCCUCGAUUGAAAUUCCGUCACCGUUUUCGUAAUUGUAUGAUGCACUCACAAUAGACGAUUCAUAAAACCGCGACGUGGUAUUAUAAUGCAUCCGCUGUCACACAGCUUCGUCACACACCAAAGAAUACAAUAUUUCCGUUGUAUAUACCGGAUGAUAUUUUUUUCAAGACAUUUAUUAUCUCUAGGGAAAUAAUUUUUUUUUCACAUUUUUUUUUACGGAAAUUUUUAAUGCAACGCGAAUCUAGAAUAAUUUUAUAUUCGUGUUGGUGCAUAUAUAUUAAAUAAUAUUUUUAUACUUUCAACUAAAAUGGGUACGAAAAUAAAAAAAUUGUAGCAUUCAAAAUAAUUUCGAAUAAAAGUUUAUCGAAUUAUGGAUUUUUUUUCAACUUAUAGGUUGCCAUUCGAAAAUCAAAAGUUGGCAAUAUUUUCAAUGAAUGCGCGAUUAUUAUACUUUUUUAAUAUAACGUUAUAUAUUUUUACGUAUGUGCAGCUCGGUGUAAAACAUAAUACGUACAACGUUCGGUCGUACCUACUCCAAAAGACCCCAUAUUUUUUCCACCCGACAGCCCUCAAACAAUAUUAUAUGCAAUUUAAAGUAUUCCCCUAUAUCGAUUAUCCUAUUGUGAACAACCAAGUUUAUUACACGUCACAGUCCUUGUGGUUAGAAUAGGCACACCAAGCCGAGGACGAUUUCUAAUAAUAAUAAUUAAUGCAAUAAAAAUUGUAGAAAAAUAAUAUUCGCGCCCGUUAAUUUUUAUUUGUUGCUAAAAACAGUUACAAUUGUAUACGUUCACGUUAUUCGUGAGAAAAAGAACAAGUAAAAUUUGCAUCAUUAUUUUAUUUUAUUUUUUUUUACAUCAAUUUUGUGUGAGAUUUUACCGCCAAUCAAAUAGUUGGGGAUAGGGUAGAGGGAUCUUGUUUUCCACUUACGUGGUUUGGUUACGAGUAAAACAGGUGAUUUGCAUUUUUUACGAAAUGACAAUGUAUGGGAAAGGACACGAGUCGUACUAUUCUCAGUAGCUCUAGAGUUGAAAAUUUGUAUAAUAGGGAGUGUAUGCUAUAAAGUAUUAAUAUUUCAUACGUGAAUUCUUAUUCAAUGAGCAGUAGGGCACAAGUCACUAACCUAUAAAGAUAUUAUGAAAAUAAUAAUAAGAACCGGAAAUCUAGAAACUAAUAGAACACAUGUUUUCAUAAAAUAUAAAUUCGUAUUGUUUCUUGGCGUCUUUUGUAAAGUUGUUAAUAUCGACUUAGAUAUAGUUCCUAUUAAAUUUGUUCCCUAUAUAAUAACUACUACCACGUAAUCAUAAUUAGGUCAUUGUUAUAUUUUCACGCAAACAAUUAAAUGUAAUAAUAAAAUUAAUAUACACCAAACGGAAUUAUUAUUAAACCAUCCAGAUCAAAUAUUAGUUUGGUCGAUAGUUUUUAAUUUAAUAAUAGGUACCUUGUUUAUAUAACUUGCUUAAGUUUUAUAUUUAUUUUUCCGAUUAAUUUUUAAACUGUAGUAUACCUGUGCGAUAAAUACUUCGUCAAAAUAUUCCAAUAUUGUAUCAAACUAAUAAUUUUCGAAUAAUUCCACGGUUGCGACGGUUUACUUUAAAAAAAUAACACGGCAAUGCUCCUAUUGCUAUUUGAGCAUAAAAUUGAUCGGAGAGGGGGUUGAAAAUUUAAACCCCCUCUUAUAACAAUACGGUGAAAUUCAUAUUGAAACUCAACUAAAAUUUAAUCACUUCAAUUUAGCUAAGAAUAAAACUACGAUUCUUAAUUGAAAGAUAAAGAUGAAUAAGAAGCAGGCCAUUUAGAAAAAAUAUAUAAAAAAGAACAAUAUUAUGAUAAUAUAUAUAUAUAUAUAUAGAUAGUGAUUUGAAUAAUAAAAUUUUGUGGUAGUUACUAAACAAAAUGUUGAAUUCCAUAUACAAAUAUAAAAAAAAACAUAACGUAUCUUUCUCACAGAGGACAUUUUGAUAAAAGUAAAUUCUUUCCGAAAUUUAGUAUGAGUGUCUAGAAUUUAAAUAAAAAAGCAGCUCAUCCUAUAUUUAACUGCGAAAUAAUUGCAUAAAAUAAAACAAUAACUGCAUGCACCGUUCGUGCAGUCUUUGCGCCAGACGCACAUAUGGGCGCUGCAUCGUUUCAUUUUCGCGGACAAGCUACAGUGGUUUGUCGGGAAAAAAAUGUUUUUCUCAUUUUAUUUUAAUAGUUUUCGAGUACAAUCUCCCUAUCCCUUGUCUUUAUUGCGCACGAGACGUGAGUCGAAUUGCUUAUGCGCAAGCGUUUAAUACGUUGGCCGGGAAAUCGGCAUGGAGGAAUAACUGCAAAGUCGGGAGAUUGGAAAAUAUAUACACACUGUAUUGGUCGGUCCGGUUAUAAUAAUAAUAAUAAUAAUACAGACAAGUUGUUUCCAUAAUUUAGGACCCUUAUACUGUUAUCGUUGUUGUUGUUGUUGUGGCUGUUAUUGGUUCACGACGGUAUGGUAAACAUAAAUAACCUUUUAAAAUUAUACGGGCACUCCGGUACAAAUAACAUAUAAUAUAUUGUAUACGCGCAAUAAUUUUUCGAACGAUAUACUAAAAUAACAAUUUUUAAUAUGCAUUAUUAUUACACGGGAUAUUUUUAUUAAUAUUAUCGUUACUUCGUCGUCGUCAAUGUAACUUUCUCGUUAAACGCUAAAACACGCGAGUUACGCACAAUAAUAUAGUACGUCACGCAUCUUAAAAUAGAAGGAUCGAUCACGAGCAUCUUUCUCUUGAGAAUAAAAUAUUUCCGUCAUCCUAUUAUAAUUUAUUACUAGAGUUUGAUAAUUGUGGUACUUAAAACAAACAAAACAAUAGUAAAUAGUAUUUUUUUUUAUUUAUUAUAAAUCACUAAAUUACGCUCCCCGAAAAAUAAUAUUUACACCUAAUAUUUUUGAAACUACACUCAUGAAUUUAAAUUGUGAUGUAUCCAGCGAGGACCGGCAAGGAGAGUUAAUAAAAUAACCCAAAGUUCACGAGUUGGAUAAUAGAAUAAAAGGUGAAAUCAUUUAAAAAUCAUUGGAAAAAUUUGGAUUUUGUCAGUGACUUACGAAAUCAUAAAGACGAAAAUAUUAAAAACAUUCAUAAAAAAAAAAAGGACUGGCAUACUUACAUGUAGGUGCAACCACUGUUGUAGUUGAGAAAUUGGGAAGGUAGAAUACAGACGAAAAUUUAAUGUAUAUCUUUAAGAAAUGAUAAACCAUUGCUAACGAAAAACCGAUUCUGAGCGAAGUUCAGGUGAUAGUGUUGCUCUGUCAACAAUAUAUUAUGUAUGUCUUAAGCAUUAUGGUAAAAUAAUUAAAUAGGCAUUUUAUAUUUUCUUUAAUAAUAUUUGUCAUAAUCAUCUUUUCUAAGUCUUUUUUCUAUAAUUUUUUUUUUUAACAUCGGUUUUGCCUUCCUUUUGUAUACGAUAAGUACACAAACUUAGGUAAGGUGUCUAUUAGUAGAUGCUAGAUAUUUAUAUAAAUAUUGUCUUAUUUUUCAUUUCUGUAUUAUUUUGUUUUCACUUCCUAACCAUGUAAAAAACGAUCGCUGAUUGGCAGCGAAGGGGACGCAGUUUUGGAACAAAAAGUGCGUACUAGAGUAUGUGGACCGUGACCGUGGUAUACGUGUGGUCGGUGGGUAAACACGAAGGAUUGCCUGAGGGCUGAACGGUUCAAAAGACUUCGUCGUUGCAGUGUUGUUAUUGUUUGUUAAGAGUGCGAAGACGCCGAUGUAUAGCUGUGGCCAUGCGCCUCGGGACGGGUACGUGAUCACCAAACUAUAAAACCAUCUGACGCGUUUUUAGCCGGCCCGGAGCGCUGUUUUCGUGUGGUUCUCUCGUCUCGACAAAGUUUAUUAUGCGACUGGUGAAAAACAUACGGCGGCAUGAUAAUAACAACGAUAACGACCAGGUUGCGAUGAAAAUACUAAAUAAAUUUAUUAGGUAUUAUUAUUAUGUCUAACAGGCUAUGAGGUAUUUAUAGGUAUUGGAAUAAGUAGGUAUUAUCCAUUUAAUGGUUAUCGACGGGACUUCGAUUCAAGGCCAAGUCAAAUAUCGCGGACGUCCAAAAUAAUACCUAGGUGUUUGUUUAUUUUAAUCUUAUUUUGAAAUACUGACGAAAAACUAACAACGAAUGACGAUAUACUAUACCUCAUAUACCUCAUUAUCUUCAAAAUGGAUUUUUAAACUUUAACAUUUCUUUGUUAAUUUCUAUCACUGGAUGGCCUCCCUCUUCGUGUAUAUAUUAUUGUAGUGAAUAACUUUUCUGUUAUAUAAUUUACUUAUUAUACCUUGAAGUAAAGAUUGUAAAUACUAUUUUAAUAAAAAAAAUAUGUUAUACAUAAUUCUUUAUGGGUUCACUUUCUCAAAUGUCAGACUUUUCACAUUUUUUGGUGAUUAAAAAAAAAAUAAUUAUGAUUCCUGUCACAGAAAAUGAUUUUGUUUUCUUAUAACGAAUAUAUUAACAGGCUCACCACGUUGAACAUAUUUUUUAGUGUAGACAAUAAAAUAAUAUUAUUAUAUUAACGAUAGUCAGGGUACUUUCCGCUUCACUGCUUCAACCACAUCAAUUUCAUUAAUAAACAAAGAAAAUACAAAAAUCUACGCUUAAAAUAUUUACUAUACGACAAUUGUAUACGUAUUAUUAUAUGAGUACAUACAUUAUAUUAUUAUGAUACGUGUAUGAGUUUAAAAGCUCUAUUAGAGUCAAGAUUAAAGCUGCGCUACCUCUAAAAAUAUUCUUAGAAUUAUAUAUAUAAAAAAAAACACGUCUUUAAUUUCUUCGCAUUAACACCAGAGCAAUGUCAAUUAGUGGGAAAUUUUCGAGAGACAACAUAAUAAUACCCAUACAAAUGUUUUCUUUGACCAAAAAUCGUGAACCGUAUGAAACAAACAACACGAUGGUUAAAUAACUGAACUAAAUACAUAAUAUAUGUAUGUAUAAACGUAAUGUGCGUAUUUUGAAUUUCGAAUUUACCAUACUUCGUUUAAUAUAAUAAUAAAUGUAUAACCAACAUCGUACUAAAUUAUAUGUGCACUAGCAAGCUUGUGAGUUAUGUAAAUAAUUUUAAAUUAGCAGAAUUAGCUAUUCGUUAAUUUUAAAUAAUGCAAAAUAAACAUUUCUUUGGUUUUAAGUUUAUUUUAAAACAGUGAAUGUAUUAAAAAUUUAAAUUGCGGAAUAAAAGUAUACGGAAAUCUUAUGUGAAUAAAUACAAUAUGAUAUAUAAAAUAUACAUUAUUCUUGUCAUAAAAGGAUUAUAAAAUGGACUAAAAAUUGGGUAAUAAUGGAAAGUAUUAAUAAAAAUGUUUUCUUGUAAUAAUUGUAUCAACAUACCAUAACAAUCCUAAUAACCUUAGAUCAAGAUACCAUAGUUGUAAUCACGGAGAACGCAUGGAAAUUAAAAUCGAAAUCGGUGUCAGAAUUCUGGAAGUAAAAUAUUUCAGGUCCAAAUUUAUACAAAAAUCGUUACCAAUAGUAUCGGAGCGUGAACUUUCUACGUAUAAUUAAUGAAAGCAUACACAAUUUAAAGUUGAUCGAACAUCAGGAAUUUGAUUAAAAGUCGAAAAUGAAUUUCGGUCUUGUAUACGACAUUGUAUAUGGCAUUGUAUAUGGCAUUGUGUUGAAUUAAUUAGAAUGAAUAGAAAUAGUGAAGUUGAAUUCGAUAAACAUUAUUGAAAUUAAAAAAGAGCAUAGCUACUUCGACAAGAAACUGCCGUUAAAACACGACAAAUGAUAUAUAGUGAUAUUAAAUCUGAAAAAAGAUCAUUGAGUGUCGAUGAUCGAGAUUUGAUUGAGGACCCAUCCGCUUGUCCAUAAAUAGUAUACUAGAGUAUUGUGUACCUACUCAAUAUAAAAUAGCUCUGCAGAAAAAGUAAAAAAAAAAAAACACCAAGCAAAAGUAAAUAAAUCACAAAAUAAAAUGCACCUACAUUGUUAUUACGUUUAAUACGAUUGUGGUUUUCAGGUUUCGAAGAACAAAGUUCAUUAACGGUCAACUUAUAUAAACUUGAUUUAACUAUUAACUUAGGUAUUUAUUUACAGCGGCGCGUGGAAGGAUUUUGCACCAUUUCCGCUGUAUACACCUAUAGACGGUGUUCGCAGGAUUUUCUGGUCGGUUGUCGGAUGUCAGGUCAAUGAAUUAAGGGUUUUCGCAGUCUCGGAGACUGCAAUUUGGCAAGAAUCCUUUGUAAUGGAACCUGCGCCGCUCCGUGUAAUAGUUAAUUUGCAUAAUAUACAACAACGCGGAUCGCCGGGUAUAAAUAAUUAUAAUAAAUGUCAUGAUGCGUAAUUUGCAUAUUUUAUCGAGGCUACAUUGGAGUUUUCAUACUUAACGGUAAAAAUACAAACAAUUCGGAUUUACCGUGGUCCAUAUACGGAUACGGAUAACAUUGUCACCACAAUGGGGCAGGGUGAUGAAGGGUGAGGGAGGUAAUACAAUAUGGUUGAUCCCUGAAAUAAAUGAUAUCACGUUGCAAAGUAUAAAGUUAUAAUACCAAAUAUAAUUAUUUUUUGGCCUUCGAGUUGUAUACAAACUGCGAGUUAAAAUAAUUGACAAGGUAUAUUGUAAAAGCCCAAAGGGUAUUGUAGUUAUCACAUAUUAUUUGCAAGAAAUCUAAGAAAGCAUUGUAUAAUAAGGAUUAGUAGUGGCGUACACAGAGAGUCGGUUAAGGGGUUAAAAAUAUAAGUUUUAAUUUAUAUUAAAUAAUUCCGUUAAAAAGAAAAAACAAUUUUGAGUACAUAUAAAUAUUACAAUAUAGGAACAACAUAACUUAAAAACUCUCCGAGAUUUAAUUGAUUUAUGAUACCGCCAGCAAGUUAAUUAUAACUUAAAUAAAAAUAUCAUAUUAGAUUAAUAAUUUAGAAAUAAUGUUAAAAUAAUUAAUGUACAAAAUAUUAGAGAUUUAUUACACUUAAAAUUCAUCCUAAUUUUAUUAGUCUCUGUUACAAUAAAAAAAAAAAAGACAUUGGUACCUAAAGUUAAAAAAAAUAAAAAGUUGAAAAACUGAUAUAGGAAGGCAUGUUUGUGUAUUUUAUUGCAAGAAAAAUACCACGGUAUUAAAGCAAUAGGAUUCACUAUAAAAUAUUAAAAAAUAUAUUUAUUCUUUAGCGUGGUCAGGAUUUAUAAAUAUUAUAAUAUAUAUUUACAAUAUUAUAAAUUCUAAAAAAAGAAAAAAAUAGCAUUAUAUUGACGAGUAUUCAAUUGUGUAUAAUAAAAUAAUCAAUAUACCUAUAUGUAUUUAUUAUAUACAUAAAAAAUAAGACGGACAUCAUUUGCACGAUGAGUUGUCCACUGUUGUAGGUGAGAAGUUGGGAAGGUAGGAUAUAGAAGGGAAAUUAAUGUAUUUUUGUAUGCAAAGAUUAAUCAUUGCUAACAAAAAAAGAUGUUUUGAAAUGGCCUUAAUAUUCAAGAUAUUUGUUAAAAUUUAACAAUCCAUUUUUUAUAUAAAAAAAAAAAAAUAUAUACUUCUUUAAAACUCAAUAUUUUCUUGUUGACUACUAAUUACAACUUAUAAUAAAUCCCCUGUAAAUGUUCAAAUAUUUCUUUUUGGUCAAAAAAUGUUGUCCACAAAAUACACAUCGAAUAAAACUUACGUAAAAAAACAUGCAAAAUUAAAAUGUCUGUCAACAAUGGCUCAAAUGUUUGACGAAUUUUACAAGUCUCUAUCAAUAUUAAAAAAUAAAUUACAAAAAAAAAAAAAAAACAAAUUUUAAAAUAAUAAUUUUCUUAUUUUCAUAUAUUUUCCGUUAUUGAUUUUGCUGAAUUCUUAAAAAAAAAGGAAAAAAAUUAAAAAACGUCGUAAAUAUUAAUCGAUUUUAAUUUUUUUAGUUUUUCCCAAUUAUUAUGAAAAAAUAUUUUAUACAUUAAAUAAUGACUUUCUAUAUUAGUGGUGUUAUAAUAAACGAAAAAAAAUUGAAAUCAUAUCAUUUUUUGAGUGAGGCAAGAUUUCUGGUAGAAAACAUCGUGUAGGUACGAUACAUACAUAUUUAAAAUAAUGAAAUCGGUAACGUUACGUCGUGCCGUAAAUAUUUUUCGUUUUACGUAUAAUUUUCUUUCAGGUUUUUCCCAAUUAUUUUCGAAACCACUUAGUAAAUCAAAAAAUGACUUCCACAAUACACCAAUUACAGAAAAUUAUCUUUCAAAAAAGAUACUAUAUAGUAAAUUUAAUACUUUGGACCAAGAUUUCUUGUAGAAAAGUUGUGCACAAACCAAACCAAUCAGGCUAAAUGGAAAAAUAGGCAAAAACUCGUCAGAACCUCAGAUAAUAAUACGGCUUUCAAUAAAAAAUAAAAAUCAAAUCUUUCAAAACCCAACAGUUAAAAUUCCAUAAUGUGUGACACUAUUGGCAAAAACUAUAAUUUUUAGAAAUCAUUUUAUUAUCUGUACACCAAAUUAAAAACGUUUUGCAUUCGUUCAGUAUUAAAAAUUUACAUUUUAUAUUAGAAUUGAUAAUCACGUAAGUUAGAUAAAAACGAUAAUUAAGUAGAUGUGUCAAGACAGAUUAUUCCAAGAAAAAAAAUAACAAAUCUUAAUAUAACAUAAUAUAAACUAACAGUCGUUAAAAUUUUAAAUAAAAACAAAUAUAAUAUUAUAAUUUUUACAUCUGUUAAUUGCGCUAUUACAAAAAAAUAAAAUUUGGUAUUUGGCUAUUGUACUUUUUUUUUCAAAUGCAAUUAUUAGUAUAUAAUAAAAUUUGUAAAUAGUCCAUAAUUUAAAAUACAAAUAUGAAAACAUAUGUUAUUUUGAACAACCUAUAUCUACUGUAGUAUAGCUGGGAAACAGUCAGUGUUUUAUAUAAAUAGAUUUUUAGAAAAUUUUUGAUAAGAUUACAGAUAAUACGUUAAAAAUGUAUCUAUAUAAUAUAUCAGAUAAUAAUAAAAAUAAUAUAUAAAUAUAAAAGAUUACAUCCGUUUUAUUGAGAUAAUACCAGAUAAUUAUAUAGCUUUCAGUGGCUUAAAGAAUUUUACAAAAUUUAAAACUCUUCAUUGUGCAAUUAGUGCGGAAUUCAAAUAGUCCUGGAACUUUUUGAUUAACCCUCCUAGAUAUUUAUUAUUGUAGUUUGCUGUUUUGAAAAAUUAAUUUUUACGUAAAAUUUCGAUAUCCAUAAGUAAUAAUUCCACUUUAAAUCCAUCUCUGAUCUUGUUUAUACUAUUUUUACCAUAAAAUAAGUAUGUACUUGCCAUAAAAUAUAUUCUGCAUUAUUCCAUACGGAUCGAUUUUCUAAUUCAUAAGAUGCAUUAUUUACUACGUGAUUUUGGCCUGAAGUAAAAUGGUUUUACUCUAUGUACGUUCCUCACAAUUAUAUCCGUAUUACCAGAAACACAUUUAUUAAAACAAUUAUUGCAACGUAGUAAACCAAUUACAUGAUAUUAUUUUGUGCCUUGGUAAUUAUAAAAUUAAGAUUGUUCUACUAAUUAAUAUUCCAUAUCAUUCUUUAGGUACCUAAUAUGUCCAAUUAGGUAACCUAAAUGACCCAAAUAGUUGGGAUGUAAAUGAAGGAUAAAAAGACGAUCACUUAGUUAUGAUUAAUAUAGUCCGAUAAUUUGUAUCCGAAAUAUUAUAAUUGAAAUUAUUAUUAUUAUUUUUAAUGGAACCAGAGUUAUGAUAGCCUAAAAACAAUAAUAAUAAAUAUAUUAUUUUGUGAUGUUAUUUUUUUCUAUAUAUCUUGAUUUCAAAGCAGAAAAUGUAAUUUUUGUCUUAUUAAAAGUUUUUAAUAAAGAUACAAAAUUAAUAUACGGUUUUUUUCUUUUUUGAUAUAUUUUAUCUUGUUUACAUAAACAAAAACUCUCAUUAUAUUAAUCUUUGUGCUUUAAACUCAAUUUUUCUAAAAGAAAAAAUAUGAUUUACAUAUAAAUGCCACGGCACAAUAACUAUGAAGGUAGGUAUUUUAUUAUUAUUAUAUACGUAUGUAUAUAUUUUUUUAAGCUCACGUCAGUAAUUGGCCAUAACACUGUUAGAAUAAAACGCGGUACAAAAUUAUUAUAUUCUUAGAAAUGAUUUAAUAAUAAAAUAAAAUAAUCUGGAAAUAAUUAAUUCGGUGCUACGUAGACGGUUGAGGGAGGGAUAAAACAUACCUAGCAAAACCCGCAAAACAAUGAAGAAAAGCCCGUUCUGGGUAGAUACAUUUAAUCAACACAGUAAACCGCCGUAACCUUAAAAUGGCAAAGUAUUUUUAGUCGUUUUCCAUAUCGAUUCGUUUUGGCCGUGGAGACAAGAUAAAACAGGGACAGUGAAUAUGAUUAAUGAAGGAAUUCCAGCGCAUCUCAUUUAAACCAACUUCGCUCAGCACGAGUUGAUAAAUUAUUGCGGUUACACGUUUGUCUUAGAAGGUACUUGACCGUUAUUUUUGACGAUCCCAACAUUUCGGUUCUGUAAACUAUAAUAAGUAAAUGGAACAUGUAUUAUUAUAAUAUUGCAUAUCGACUUGUGUCGAGAUUAAGGAAGAGAUGCCGAGACUCCACGAUAACUAUUGGUACAUCGCUUGACGAUAGAAGGUUAGGUUAGCUACCGAACAAAAUUAAAAAAGUAGUUUUAAAAUCAUAAGUCGAUAAAAAAAAGGAGCUGUUCUAGAAUAAUGAGCACGGUUGCAGCUACUGUUAUUGGUAAUUUACUGUUUUCCUGUAAGCAAGUAUAGAUCAUUAUUAACGAAAAAACGAUUCUUAGCGAACAGUAAUGCUUUGUCAACAAUAUAUAUAUAUAUAUACCAUAUUAUGGUAAUGUAAUUAAGUAUACUAUAUAAUGCCCUACAACUGAAUAAUAUUUGUUUAAUGUACUGAUUUUCCGUUUCGCAUACGUUUUUCCCGGGCUUCCCACAUACUUUCCCGGUUUUCACAUUUGAAAAUUCUUGAGAAAAUCGAAUGACCUCCUUAUAUUUACUUCUUAGUCCAAUUUACUUUCAGAAAGUUGCCACACUUAAAAAUCGGAGCAAGAUUUCUGGUAGAAAAGUUGUGAACAGUUAAAAAUAAAAAUAAAAAUAAACAUCUUUGUAAAACCCUUAACAUCUUCGCUCCCUCAGAAUCUAAAAUAUGUAACUAUGCAUCUUCAUUCUCACCCCAUAUGUUAGUAUAAAUUAUUGAUAUUAUGAUGUGUACCGAGUUUGCUCGAAAUUGCUCAGUUCAGAUGAACUCAGAUUUUUAUCAUGUCACCAAAGCCACUAGAAUGUCCUCCCCGCUACCGUUUAAAAAAUACAACAUUUAGGUGAUUGAGAGCGACUUUAAAAAUAUGAUUAGAUAGAAUGAUAAUAUAGAUAAUAAAAGAUGAUAUAGAAAUUCGGAUUUAAAUACCUUUCGUCAAGUAAGUUAUUAUCGGGCACUCAUCAGUCACCUUAUGUUAUAUAAUCGUACAAACUAUGCAUAUUGCACAUCACACACACUCCCUUAUUAGUAUAUCAGUUAUUAUAGAUUAACGUGCUAUAAAACUAACGGAAUUCAUUUUGGUACAAAUAUUUUGUGUUGACGGAAGUACAUAUACUGUCUUUAUGACGAAACAGUAAUAUACAGCACUCGGUAUGUAACUUAGGUUUGACGGUGUUUCAGGUUCAAGAUUUCGGUCAAAUUCCGGAACGUUUCCUCGUCCUGGAAGUAAUCCGAAUCUCACCGAAUAUCACUCGAAAUUUUCCUAGUGGUAAUGUUUAACAAUAUUUUUCGACUUGAUAACGGCAAACUGAUUUAGUACACAUUUCCCAGUUAGAUUUUUCGAAACACAUCUCCCUCCGUAUCGAGCGUUUCAAGUAUUUAAACCAUAAUAUGAAUCGUAUUUACGUUACUGAGAGCAGGGAUGUGCUCUUCGUGUUUUAUGACUUUAGUGAAUCAACUGUAAUUGUAAUAAUCGUAUCGUAAUAAAACAGACCAACAAAUAAAAUAAAAAAUAAGAUAUGGAUGUUUCAUUGGUAUUGUUAUAAAAGAUUAGGUUAGGUAAAGUUGGCCGAUUAGUUUAUAAUAUUUUUUCAUGUACUGCUAAUAAUUUCACUCUGAUAUACAGCUUAAUUUGUUGUUUUACUACUUAGGUAUUCAUACACAAAACAAGUAUGAUACACCUGGGAAUGAAAAUAGUUAUAUAUCAGUCAAACAAACCAUCACCUGUUACAAAAAUAAACUUCAUCAGUUAUUAAACUCAAGUUAAAAAUUAAUAGGCCUGUUUAUUUAUUUUUUUUUUUUCGAGAAAGUUACGGGACUUAAAUGUUCUUAUUUUAUAUUGUAGCAUUGAUUGUAAUAACAAUAAUAAUAAUAAUAAUAAUAAUAAUAAUAACAAACAUACAAGUAUUAACUUUCUACUUAUAAAAACAUCAAUUUAACAAUAACGAUAUUCCUAACAAGUACAUGAUGUAUUUUUUGGACUAUAUUUUCGUGGUAUUAUAAAUAUCAAACAGAACAAAAGUUAUCGUUUCUGAAUUUUCGUGGCACACCCUGUUUACUGAACUCAAAUUAUUUAAUGUAAGAAAACACGAGUUUCAACAAAGUUUUUUUUUUUGUCUGGCGAAAAUAAUAAUACCUAUCAAAACAUCGAGUAGAAACAAUAACGGAAUAUUAUUAUUAUUUUCCCGCAGGGUAUCAUAAUAUUAAUUAUUGUUUUUUUUUACGAGCUAAUAAUGAAAUAUUAAAAUCUUUUAAAAGAAGUACUUAUAAAUAUGUAGUUUUUUUAAACUCUUAACUUAAACCAAUUAUUGUUUUCGUUUUAAUAUGUUGUCUCAUUGAUUAGUUUUUUUUUUUUUGAAUAUUCUUUUUUUUCUUCAAGUCGAUUCUGAUGCAAUAACAGAUAAUUAGGUACAAAUUUAAGUAACAAUAACUAAACAGAAAAAAAAACAAAACGAUAUUAAAUUCUAUUAUUUUUUGCUGUUGCGAAUGCGAUAUUUUCCGGCGUGAUGGGUUAUGAGGCGAUGAGUACGUGAAGAAAGAUGAGAGACUAAAGGAUUAGGAUAGCGUUGAAGUUUGGAGUGAAAUCUAUUGUAAUGUAUUUUCAUUAGUUGGUCAACUGUUUCAAUUGAUUAUUGUUAAAAGUAGUAUUAUUAUAUAAAUCUCGAGUAAAUUUAGUAAAUUUCGGUUCAAUUGAAAUCUAAAAUAAGUUGCACUUCAUAAGCGUGUACUGGGUAUUUUUUUGUUCGUAGACGUGCAUUUUUAACGCCAGUUGAUAUAAUUUGUAUACGAAUACGGUUAUUUUAAUUUUAUUCGAUUCGUCAAAUUUAUCGGUCGUUUCGUUGAAAUCGUUUUCGGAAUUCACUCGUUUACGUGAAAUUCGUAAGGCCAUGGCUUCGAAAUAUUUAUGGAAAGUAUCAAGUAUCUCGUAUGAGUGGCGAUAGUGAAAUCAGUGUCUAGUCAGUGUCAGUAGUAAUUAAUUUCGAAGUCUACAUUCUAAUAUAUUUCGAUAAUAUCUAAAUUAAUUUUCAUGAUCGUUGCCUGGUGCCUGAACCUGGCAUAGGUUUUUGCUGUUAACUGCAGUGAAUUUAAUUUUUCUAAUGUAAAUAUAACUGUUAUAGAAAAGGUUAUAUGAAAGACAUGGUCCGAAUAUUAAAAUAAUAAGUUAAACUGAAAUUCUUGCUAGGGACUCAGUGAUAUUAAAUUUUUCGCGAGUACAAAUAUGCGAUACAUAGAGAUAUUAAAUUUAUAAGAGUUGCCUGUAUACAUUUAAAAAUUAGACCACAAAUUGUAUUGAUACUCAUUGCUAGAGACAUAAGUAGAUGGAGGAUUUAGAAAUUCCAGUGUGAGAUUAUUAAUAUUUUAAAGUUAAUUAGGAAUAAAAGUUAUGAGAACUAAAUUUUCCUAGGUAAUACAUUUAGUAAAAAUUUACCGCCUUGCAUUAAGUGAAAUGAAAUUAUGGAAGUUUAUAACAUUUUGAUAUUAUCCAACAUAGGCCUUUUAAUAUUGAAUUUUAAUACAAUGUAUCUUGAAGAACAAUUUUGUUCUGAUUUAGUAGCUUCGUUAUGUUUUAUCUUAUUUUAAAUCAAAAAUUUAAGAUGGAUCCUAAAAUUCAGAUAGCUUUAUUUAAUAUAGUUUCCGUAUAGUUAGAAAAAUACAAUUUGGUAUCGAAUAUUGUACCUAGAAAUAUGUACUUAUUAUUAUAUAUCAUAUUCAAAUAUCAAAACGUUAAUUAAAUAUUUAAAAGUAGUUUUUACACGGUAUCAGGUCAUUUAUUUGACUCAAAAAUAUAAUAAACACUUUGCCUCAUAGAAUGGUUUGAUUUUGACAGUCAUUUUUUUUUUUUAGAAAGAGAAAGACUUUCUAAAACUUAUAUUGAAUUAAUAUUAUUUUCAUCUUAAAAAUUAUAACAUUAUCCAUGAGUAACCGUCAUUUGAUGAUCGUUUGUUUUAACAUUUCUAUUUUAUUUUUUCUAUUUUGUAUUUGUCUUAAUUUUUUGUUUUAUUGUUAUUUAUCAUAAUUUACAGUUCUAUUUUAAUGUUAUAUACCAUUGUUCUAAAUAAAUAAAAUAUAAACGUCGAAGUUUAAAAUGGGCUAUAAAAUGUGUUUUUUUUAACAAUUAAAAUAGAAAUGGUACACAUAUAUUACAUUUACAGAUAUUACUAUUCCCGUGAAGUUAUAUUAAUCCAAAAAAACCGUCGUUACUCUUACUCUCAAAUGAAUUCUGGGCAGUAACCUAAUGGAAAAUUCUUAUCAUAAUGGCAAAAAUUGUUAAAUGAAAUUUGUAUUCUCAUUUGUACCUAAAAUUAAAAUAUAUAAACAUUCAUUAGCUAAUAUUCGAUGAUUAAAAUCAGAAACUAUAUAUGAACCGUAUUACCUUCGUAUACUCAUUAUACUUUAAGUAUCGUAAAUAAAUAAUAUAAUUUCUCACAACAUUUUGUUUUUGUAGUCAAUCAAUUCGUCAUAAAUAUACGAAUUUGAAUAAUAUAAACAAAUUAGGAGUUGGGCAAAGCCCACUUAGCGUGUGUGCAUAAAAUUACUGGUUUAUAAAUACUACAAUUUUUCUUUUCAAUUAACGUUUCUCAUAUUUUAGUGUUUUUAUUGGCUACAGAAUAAAUCGAUAACUACAGAUGGAAGACGAAUGGUAAAUAAUAAGGGGUCUAAAUAUUUCAUGUUGUCUAAAAUGCGAGUUUUAAUGAAUAAUUUCAGUUGCGUUUGUAUUCCCGUUUUAAUUAAAAGGUUUAUUCAACCUAAUUAUGGUUGAUUACUGAUUUGUACCAAUUACUAAUUUAUAAGGGACGAUAAAUUAUUGAUUUUAAAUUUAUUCAAAAUACUUGUAGAUGUAAAAUUAAAAGACGAAGAUGAUUAUUUGCGAGUUAUCCAUUUGUGAUUCAUGCGUAUAUUAUACUAUCGAUACCUUAGUUAAUAAAAUAAGAAAAUAGGCUAUGUAUGAGAUACUAUCCAUAUACAAUUCUGUAUAUUUAUACAAUUGUUUCAGUUUUAAAAAUAUCAUAUGGUUUUAAACACAAAAUCUUUACCAAAUUAACAUGUUAAUAUUGUAAUAUUAUAAAAAAAAAAAACUAAGUCAGUAGACACCAGUGUAUUAAUUUUGCCUAUGCAUGUGGCCGUUGUCCAUGAAAUAAACUACGAACUAAGUACUCACAAAAAACAAAAGUAUAACUAUUGCUUGUAAAUAUACAAUCAAUAUAUAAUUAGUAUAUACAAUUAGUGUAUAAUUAGUAUACGUCAUUAAUGGUAGUACCAAUUACUAUUAUAUAGUGAUAGUGUAAUGCCUUAUUAUUUUGAUACUCGAUGACGGCAAUUAAUUAUAAUUUACAGCUAAUGAUGUUAUCAAUUGAAUAGAACUAUACAAUUAAUAAUAAUAUAAGAUUGCAUAUUUUUUUAGUAUAUUUGACAAAUAUUUUUUAAAAACUUAUAAUUAUGACGAAUAAUUACUACUAAUAGCAUAAUAUUAUAUUGCAUUACAAAUGUAAUUUAUUCGGUAAAGCACUAAACAAACAAGUGUUUGAAGUAGUUGGACCAAUUAAGCAUUUGAGUGCACCAUAUACAAUUACAAUAACAACAUUGAUCAUAAUAUAAUCUGAUAAUUAUAUUCUAACUUCAAACGUGUUUGUAUAAUAUUUGUAUUAGUUAUAGUUAGGUACCUAUAGUAUAAUAUUUUCUAUAGUGGGCUUUUAUAUAACUUGUCACUGUUUACUUAUCACUCGAUUUUUUUUGAUGUUUAUAAACAAACCGUUAAAAUCCAGGUAAAUUUAUCAAUAACAAUUCAAACUAAUAUUUUAAAUGAGUCUUACAAAAUUUUGGGCGUAUAUUAUUUUAUGGAUUUUAUGGCAUCGUAUUGGCCAUAAAUCACAUUAAUAAAGAAACAACGAAUUUGUAAAUUUCGGAAUAAGUAUAUUAUAAUACUUAAAAUAUUUUCAUAUUUUUUUUUUUUUAAAUUAUUCAGACUCGUUAAAAAUCACGGGUUAUUCCAGGAUUAACAUUCAAUUUUUUUUAUCGUUGUCCCGGUUGCAUAUUUUGAAAAUGUGGGAACCGUUUGUUCUGAUUGAUUCUAUUUAAAUUAUGCUGUGAUGCAAUGGUCAAUGGAACGUAUGAUAAACUUGCGUUACCCAAAAAGGCUUACUUAAUUUUUGUACUUUUUUAUAUGAAUACAUCCCUUGAUUUGUUGUACCCACAUUCGUAAAAUUUGCAUCCCGGUUGAUGACAAAAAGCACGUAAACCUUAAAAACGUCAUAGGAAAAUUAAAAAUUUGCAGAAAACCAGAAAAAAAAAUACGGUUUUUUAAAAAAAAUAUAAGUCCUAUGCCUUCGUAUGACAAUAUAGGGGGGGAGCCUUAAUUUUCUUCCUAAACUACUAAACCACUUCAAUAAUGACCUAUUUACAUUUUUAUUAGUCUUUCUACUCAUUUAUUUCAUCUCCAUAUGUAUGUCCUUAACUUAUGCCACUUAAUUAAAAUCAUCGAUGAGAAAAAUAAUAUUCAUCUAACUCUCUCCUUUAUUAAAGUUAUUAUAUCUAUCCUACCCCACACUUUUAGUUUUCAUAUCAUAUUACAUCUAAAAGUUAUGUUGGACAAACUAUUUACUAAUAAUUUAUACAGUUAAACGACGAGGAUAUAAGGUGUUCUAAAUUAUGUUUAGAAACCUGAAUUGCAUUGUGCACUCAGGCAUUAAAAUAAGGGUUAUAUAAACGAAAUUUGUAUUUGAGUACUUCCAGUUACCUUCCAAAAAACCUUCUGAGUUUAUUCGGCUGCAGUUUUUACUGUUACCUAAACAAAUUAUCCCACUAUGUACAGAAUAAUACCGUUUAUUGUUAAAAUAAAUCAUACGCUUUCCAUUGGUAACAUUUGAACUCGUGAAAUAUUUGUGAAAUUCUCGUUAGGUAGAUAUAUCUAUAAAACAAUUUGCAAACAUGAUUCCAUAUUCAGAAUCGAUUUUAUAAUGAAACGAUGGUAAACGUUUCUCAAAUUUAAUAUACACCUCCAACAUACCCUUUUGAGUUAUUCAAUAAGAGAGAAGUGACGUUUCAACCGGGUAUACCAAGAAUUCUCAUUUCACAUCUAUUGUAGUUAAGUAUCGAUUUAAAUUUUCAACAGAAAUACAUUAAGUAUGCGAUGUGCUACUAUAUUGAUUAUAUAAUUUUUUAGACUCUAUAAAUCCAAAAUAUUUACGUAUUAAGCCUUAAAAUAUGCAGAUUUUUCACUCGAUAACACAAUACUAACAAUUUCUUUUUCUAGAUAAAUACCGACCACAAAUGGUAAUAAAUCUGUUUUAUUUUUAUUGAUCCUUGGAUUACCCUCCUUGUAAGUAAAAAUAACACGGCUUUAGUACCUUAAACUACGAAACUAUAACUAACCGUAACUAUUGUUUACAAAGCUUCGCUUUGAAUCGUUAAUAUUUGCAAUGAUUUAUCAUAGUUUUCAUUAUAAUACGAAUACAUACUAAAUAAUUGCCUUUUAAUUUCUAUAAUAUACCUAUUCAACGUUUCACCUGCAAUAUUUUACAGCGGUCACGGUGCGAAGUAUAUCUCUUUAUUUUAAUAUCACUUAAAAAAAAAAAUGUUCCAAUUAAAAUUGUUUACAUAAUAUUAUAUUUACAAUCUAUACAAUAUUAGUAUUAUUAUAUAAAUAAUAUGCUUAAAAAAAAAAAAAAAAAAAAACAGAUUAUUUUUUAAUUCUAUUGUAGCUUUUUUAAUAAUUAGACAAAUCGCGAUAAGUACAUAGUAACUAUUACAGCAGUAACGUUAAUAUUAGUCAUUAACUUGCCAACCUUGUCGGCAUAUUAUGUAUACUCUAUACCUAAGAAUUUAAGUAAUGAAUGAAAGACGAAAAAUAGUUUUCAAGUGAUGGUUCUUUGUGAGUUUUUAUCUUGUAGCUUGGUAGGGUUUUAAACAAUAUCAAUUUCGAUCCCUGUCCGGUUUCCCACUGCAUUGAGGAUAUUUCCAACCGAUAUCGUCUGCCGUGUAAUAUAUUGGAAACUCACUGAACUGUGUGCCACUAGUGCUGCAGUACAUUGAUUAUAAAAGGUCGAUAUUGACGGUUCAACGGGCACGACUAUUAUUUAUUAUUAUUUUUUUUUUAAAUUCAUUUUUUAUCUCCUUAGAAAUACGUGUAAACUGUUUGGGCUUGCAGGUUAAAUUUUUUUUUUUAAUUGAAAGCAUUCUGUGCUACCUCAUGACAACUCACCCGAUUUAAUCUGCAAGUACCCACACGCAAGAGUCACUUCGUUUCAACUUACACGUUGUCCAUCUUUUAUCCAUUUAUUUAUUUUGUACCGAAAAAAAUAUACUCGACUAUAAGAUUAAAUUCAGGUGAGGUCGAGGGUGAAUUAGGAUUUAAAAAUUAAGCCAUUCGUAUUUUUUAAUAAACUUAAACAAAAUUCAUUCUUAGAAUAUGUUUUUCAGAUUGUAAAUAUUUAAACAAAAUUUGCUCAAGAGUCACUCAUAUAAAUUUUCUAAUCUAUGUAUAUUGUUAAACAAAUUUAAAAAUAUUUACUUCAAACACCACUAUUUCUACUGGUCACACGUUAAUAAAGUGGUUUAAUAGGGAUAAAAUUGUUUAAUAAUUGACAAAACUUAAAAGGUUCAUAGUUCAAGUAUGUUAAGAGAAAAUAGAAUGAGUGGCUUAUCUUCUUAGUAGAUAGUAGAAAAGUUUUACGAAUUAUUGCGAAAAAGAGGGAAAGAGGAUAGCCAAAAAAAAAGAUGGCUUGUCAAUAUGAUUUAAAGUGAUUUGAAAGGACUGCUGUAAUGUUUUUAAAAUGUAUAGAAGACCUAGUUAAGUGGUGAUUUAGGAUUAAGUAAGUUAACGCUUAAUCGUUAGAGAUUAAAGUGCAGGUAAUAAACAAGAAUAAAAUGUAUAAUCAAUAAUUUUCAAAACAAAUGAAAUUGGAGAAAAAAUAGGAAAAAAAAAUGGGGGUAGAAAAGAAUUUGUAUUGAAAUUAACUAACUAGUGGAUUAAAAUAAUGGAUAAAUUUUGUAAUCACUGCUACCUAACACGUAUUCAAGACAAUGUCUGUGUAACAUAUAGACAAUUAUAAAACUACAAAAAGAAGAAGAACAUACUUUUCAUAAGUAGGCCACUGUCUUAGAUGAGAACAUAAAAUAGAAGGGUAUUGAUAAAAGGAAAAACAUCAGUGAGACACUAUUUCUUAUUUAAUAAAUAGUAAACGGUAUUUUUAAAUCUAAUUUACACAUUAAAGCCAUAUGUUAUUCCGUCGUCUGACAUUAGACAAACAUAUUUAAAAUAAGUUUUUCCAAAUUAGAUUCAGUGGUCUUUUAUUUCUGGAUUUAGAAGAUUAAGUUUUUACGAUACAAAAUACAAAUGUAUUUAUUAUUAUUAUGACAAUUGUAACUUAAUGAACAACAAUGAUAUUACUCAUAUUAUAUUAUAAUAUUAUAUUUAUAAAAAUAUUACUUUGAAUUUUAUAAAACAUACUUUCGUGUAAUUUUAGCAUAACUGGCGGUGUAAAUAAAGUAAUCAAUAGUCAAUGCGAUUAAAUAUUUAUAAAUAUGUUUAUUAAUAAAAAUCUUUUAACACAAAAAAUGUUGAUCGAUUGUAGACAUCAAACGAGCAUAAAUUAAAUGUGUAACUGUGAACAAAUGCUGGAUAGAAAUUGAAAAUAAUUGUUUUGACUUUGUCGCUUAUCAUAAUUCAUACUUCAUAUCAUUUUCAAGGUAUAACCUAACCUAAAAAAAAUGAAAAAUUACGUACAUUUUUAUUAUCUUUAUUAAUUAUUUUUAGUUAUUUUUCUUUUUGGAGUCGUAAGCGAAUUAAUAUAAACAUAAUACUAUGUACUUUUCUUUUUAUGUCAAACGUUCGAAAUUUGACUAAUAUGCUAUUAUAAUUGUCAAGCUAUAAUUUUAAAAUUUGACAAUUUCAGACUUAACCAUAACAUAAAGGUUAAACUCAUAUUAUGUACAGUUUCAAUCAUAGUAAAUAAUAUAUUAUAAUAAAUCGUAUUGUUUUACUUACAGACGCAUGUAAAACGUUAAAUUUUUUCUUCCGGGAAGUAUCGAGUACAACCCUCUGGUUCUAAACAUAAAAAUAAAAAUCAAACUUCAGAUAUUAUCACGCAAUAUCAUACAAAUUCCACGUGACCCCGUAGCUCAUGUUUUAAGUCUGGUUAAUGAAUACCUUGCAUUAAGAUAAAAUGCCUGGUAGGUAGUAUUCAUUUUUUAUUUAAUUACUUACGAAAUUGGUGUGUUCAUAUUCAUGUAAACAGUUGGUUUUUCUAAAUCGACGAUUUUUUUCUCACAAUCAUCUACAGUACAACACCGAGAUGCCGGAAACGCAGUAGAAUUUUUCAACGAGUCCAUCAUAUAAAUUAUAGACAUUAGAUGGCCGCAAGCUGUAGGUCACAAUGAUAUUAUUUAAAGACAAUCGUUUAAAGUAUCGUUACAAAUUAAGGUCAAAUAGUGAUUAGAAUACAGAAGGUAUAGUUAAGUUUAUUUUACCAUAAGUAAUAAAAAAUCAUUGCAAACAAAAAUAUUUUCUAUCAAUUUUUAAUAGUUUCAUAAAAAUAUUUUUAUCAAAAUAACAGGCCCUUGAUAACUUUUAUUGUAUGAUUUACUAUCCAUUUAAUUUCAAGAAACCGGAAACAAUAAAACAAAUAAUUAUAUAAUAAAUCAAAUCACUAUAUACCUAACCGUUUUUUCGGUGGGUUUUUUUUUUUUUUGUAAACCCUUUUAAAAUCUAUAAAAAUGUUUUAAAUAAAGUACUUAUGUAUCAUUUAACGUUUGUAAAAUGUAAAAGAUUCAGAACAUUUUAACUAAUAAUAGAAUAAAUAGAUUUAGGCAGGAAAAACAUAUCUUAGUGAAUACCUAUAGUGUACAAUAACUUUUUCAUAUCACUCAAUAUCCUCAAUGUCAAGCUGUUUAAAAAUAGAAUAAAUACUGCAGUAAUUAUUAUAAUGGGUUCAACACUUUUACACGAUUUCGGGGGAAGUAGCUGGCAGUAGAACCAAUUAUUAGUAGUUUAUCAUUUAAUAUUUACAACAGUAUAGAUAACAUAUGUACACACAGUCCGUGUGUACAUACGACAAUGGACUGAUCCAUUCAUCAUGAAUUAUCGAUUUUCUCGAAACAUGUUAUGCAAUUUUAUAAAUAUUAUAUUUUUCAAUAAUUAUGGUAUAAUAUUUAUUUCAACACUUUUUUCAAUUUUAUACUCUUAAAUGGUACUUUUUAUGUCUUAUAUGAGUAUAAUCUGUUGAUAGAUCAAAUAAUAAACGUACAUUUAAACACAGUUUAGCAUAAAAAUCAUUUUUCUAAACGUGUCGAUAUGCAUAAAGCAUGAUAACACUGUAAUAUCGAAUUAAUCGUCUUUAGAUAAAAAAAAGGUAAUAAACUUUAAACUUUUAAUAAACUGAUUAUUAAAUUGAUAACCCAUCUUUUAUUGUAUUCUUCCGGUCUGGCCUUAAAACUGUUAUAACUCAUAAACAGUAAAUCCGAUGUGAUUGUUACAUAAAUAUCAAAAUAUAUAGACGAUAUUCGAUAUUCAAAGACAAAUACAAAGAUACAAUCAAAAUUAAUGGUAUACAACUACCAAAAAUAAAGCUAAAAUAAAGCUCUACAGAUUCCAAAAAACAUAAUUAUUAAAAAAUAACAGAUACGAAAUUCUCUUAAAGUCGCAGGGGAAAAUUGAAGGUUUGUGACAAGUGGAUCACUCUGUAUUCAAUUGGAAUUAAUAGCAGGCAUUACAAAAUUGUCGUGUUAGGAGAAAUGGAUUAUUAGGUACGAAUCGAAUUUAAUACGCUGCACGUAACGAUAAAUUUAACAACUAUGAUAUUUCGAUUUAACGCGACGACGACGAUUCUGCGAUGCUGCAGGAUUACUCCGGAUAAUCGGCUUCUCGCAUUCCGACAUUUCCGAAUAUAAUAUUCAUGAUAACACAUCGCCACGAUGAAGACUCGUGCACGACGUCUGGCGUGUACUUGUUGAACAUGAAACUAUUCGUUAUGUUCGUACCCUGUGUAAAACUUUUAAAAAUCAAUUUCUAAUAUUCGUCAUUAAAAUAAGUUUCUUUUUUCAUGCUGUUUUUCUGACUACACCGGUGUAUUGUUUGAUUCCAAAAAUAAAUAUCCCAAUUUAUUCAUAUGAAUUUGCUAGAUUUUGGUAGAACCCCUAUCAUCUCUUGGAGAAGUUUCAAAUUUUUAGAUGAGUACUGGCACAUUGUCCGAUUUUUCACCCUUAUUGAAAAGUUGCAGUGGUCCUUUCAAAGUCUAGCAUAUUCCUAGAAAAAUGUCGGUACCAGUUGUAUAUUUUCAGCAUAAUGUGUCGAUGCCGAUUUCACAGAACAACAAAAAUAUUGCAAUAACAACCGUGAGUAGCAGAUUUCCUCAUUAAAGUCAAAUUUUCCCCUAACCGACUAUUGGCGUUAUAAUAUUUAAUUGUUAACGUUAUUUCAAUAAUUGAUCUAAAUGAUAUCUGGUUAACAUUAUAUUAUUUAUUAAAUUAAAUUGUAUUUAUUUGUAUUUUAAAUUCACUAGACAACUAUUAACCCCGUCUUUCCCUCCUCCUGUUGUAUAACAUGGUCUUCUGCCCAACCCUUAUUUAAAGUGUAAAAAGUAUCCUUUAACCUAUCUGUAAUAAUAAUAAAUUGAACACAAUAAGUGUUAUGAAAAAAGGUAAAUUAAUUCUCGAGAUUUCAGCUAAAAGGCAAACAAACGAUAUAGGCGGGGGUUGAAAACUGAAACCUCCUCAAAAACAAUACUCUUUUAUUAGGUUUUUUCAAGGUACAAAAUAUCUUUUAGUUUACGAAUACUGGUAUCGUUUUUUUUUUUUAUUUUCUUAGAAAGGAAAUAAUGAAAAAACAUAAAAAUUAAAUCUAAAGAAAUAAGAACAAAAAUAAAAAUUUUAAAGAUGUAAAACCGAUGAAAAGAAACGAACUAACAACUUCAAACUCGAAUGUCCAAAAAGUGCUUAAAGUAUCAAAAACAAUUAGAAAUAGUCUUUACUUUCAGGAGAAAUUUGACGAAAAUAUAAGAAAAUUCUAAUUGAUAAGUUUACAAUAAUAAUUUUGUUUUUUUUUCCACCAAAACAUGGUAUUUAGAGUACUGAUUAGCACCAAUCUCCUUACAAUAAUAUGUAUUAUAACUAGUUGUAUGUCCGUCAUAUGACGGUCUAUAAAAAUUUGAUAUUUGGUUGUUUAAUAUAAAAAUGCCUACAUUUUUUUUUAUUGGGUUGUAAGAUAGUAAACUAAAUAGUAUUACACUAAUAGCUAACAAAACUAAAGCUCAAAGGUAAAAAUUUACGUAUAUAAGUUGUUAUAUACAAAUAUAAGUCACAUUGAAACCAUUGGUGUUCACUUGGAUGUAUGAAAUUGUCAUAACGUGACAACAGACUAUACGAUUAACCAUGCGCCAUUAAUCAACUCUUAAUAGACUGGAUAGUGGAUGUUCAAAUGAUGUCUGUGAUACCACGGAGUAUUCUAAUUAAUGCUCAUACUAUAAACAGUUUGAUGAUUUAAACUUAAUUUUAAUGGUAUUCAUAAUAUUUUUAUGUAAAACUGCGUAAUAUUUUUGAUCAAAACACGGUACGUAGAAAAUAACGCAUCUUGAAUUAUCAUUAAAACGUACAUGUUUACAAGUACCUACAUGAAAAACCUCCACCAAAAUGAUAUAUAAUUAAUAUAAUAAUAUGAUAGAUAUGCAUUUUUUUUCUUACUUGUGUCAACCGCACACGUUGGCUGAAAUUGAGCACCAUUGAAGUAAAAAUCGACAUGACCCACUGGCUCCCGUAAUCCAAAUAAUAAUGUCGAUGUGUGUAAAACCAUAACGAAUCGACCGCUAUUCACGUCGACUCUUUCAUUUUUAUGAUCGAUUCUGAAGUUUGGUUGCGCUGGAUCGAGAGCUAACACAAAAACAUACAUAUACAAUCUAUAUAAUAAGAUAUAUAUAUGAAAUGGUUUAUUUUUGUAAUGGGUAAUCUCCGAAAGUACUGGACUAAUAUACAUGUGUUUUUUGGAAAAUGGUUCAAGUAGUCGAGAGAAGGUUUAAGGUUAUUGAAAUCCUUGACCUGACCAGUAGAAAUAGUUGGCCUAAUCUGCAGUAGUUUGGGAUUGGUAAAAAAUAAUAAUUUAUAGGUAUUUGUUCAUUGCUUAGCUAUCAUAUAACUGAUUCGUAUAACUUUGAAAAAAAGGUGAAUUUUCAAAAACUUAAAAGCAACAAAAGUUAACUGCAGUAAUAUUGACGGGGAUUAAAGCAGGGAAUCCAAGGGGUUAACUUAUUUGUUACUCAUUUGUUUGGCACUGGCAACGCCGGGCGGGAUACCUUAUAGUAUUAUAUAAAUAUUACCUAUGCAUUUGACCCGUCAAUAUUGUGGUAUACUAGGUAUAUAUUUUAUUGUCGGGCUAUCAAUGUGACCACUAUUAAUUUUCACGCUGUCAACUGACCACUAUCUAUUAUUAUUGACAGAUAUAUUUGUUUUCGUCACUACGUCAUUAGUAUAACAAUAAUAGUAUAUGCAAUGGUGUACCCAUUUUUUUUAAAAAUACGUUAUAACGCCAUGUGCCUUACAUGGAGAAUAUCUUUCUUAUUGUUUCGAGAGAAAUAAAUAAGUAUUAAUUGGACAAAAACGCAAUAUCAAAAUAAACACUGAAAAUUUGUUUUAAAAAAGUAUUGUUAAUCCUAAGAAAAACUAGACUUUAGUUUUAUUAAGUACUGAAAUAAAUAGAAUUAGUGAUACUAUUACGAUUUUAGUGGCAUAAGUGGUAUAAAUAAUAGUACAAUAUCAAGAUUUUUGUAUUUUUAACUAUUGUAAAUUAUAUUCAGCUUGCAUACAAUUUUUUUUUCAGAAUAUACGUUGUAUAUAUAUUAUUCGCUAUAGGAACACAACUGAUUAUAUGUAAGUUGUAAUAUAUUCAAAUUUCAAUUAUAAUGUUAUAUACAAUGUCGUGUUUCAGUGUUUGAUAAUAUUUUCAAGAAUCACUGACAUAGUCAAAAUUUAAUAACACAUAAACUUUUCCAUACCUAUAUUGUAAUAACAGGUGCCUAUUUAAAAAAUAAUUAACUAUAAAAAAAGGAAAUUAUCGUCAAAAUACUUAUAAAUCAUAUCAUACGCAUACUAAGAGAUCAAUUUAUUUGGUGACAUUUGAUAUUUCGAAAAUUAUUGACUUUUUCCAAACAAAAUUUCUUUUGAUAAUUUCAUAAACAAGCAGUUUUAAAGUGUUCCAUUAUUGAGAAUAAAAAAAUUAAUUAGUUUUGAUUUUUGAAUGGCAAUUUAUAUUAAAAAUUCUAUAAAUAAAUUUUAGCAAUGGAAUUUUUUAUUUCUGUCAACGCACAGUAACGAGAUUAAAAUGCCACACACAUGAUACUCCAUUACUCUCCCCUUACCCAACCUUAAAAUUAUAAUGUCUUAUUAACGGGUAGACUGAAAUCAACAAUUUCAACACUUAAAUGCAUGUAAACUAAUGAUUCAUAUGUUUAUGGAAUUUUUGAUAAAGGAUAACAUUUUUAAAAAAAAAAGUAGGUUGUGGUUUCAUCCCCAAAAAUAAGGCGACAAAAAAUAUUAUAGCUGUCCAACAUUAAAGCUGAUUGAUUCUUAAAUAUUCAAAAAAAAUAAUUAUUGAUAAAGUCGAUACUUUCCGGGACAAUGAGUGCACCGACUUAAAUAGAUCACCUUUAGAAUUUCGUUAGGUUUAAGUAGACGUAUUUAAAUUAAAUUAAAAGGGUAUGCGGUGUAUACAAAUGGAAACUCUUUAUAACAUCAUUAUAGUUCAACGAUCAAUACACCAUUUAUUAUAUACCAUGAUGUUCAUCUAUUUGUAGGAUUAAGAUAGAUAUCAUCUUUAAAUACAAAACUGUGGUCCAACGAAGUAUAUCUAUUAUAGCGCAAUUUAUAAUAGAUUUUAAAUUUUACAAUAUGUUAUGUAGAUCAAUUCCUUUCACGAAUAACUAUUUAAGUUUAAUAAAGUUAAAUAAGUUUAAUAAAUAAGUAUAAAAUGUCCAUUAUUAAUUUUCCUGCGGGAAAUACAUUUAUAUCCGACGGUCGUGCGUGGAUUAUGAGAUAUGGUAUAUCGUAAACCUAUACGUAUCUGCCCAAUAAUACAUUAUACAAUACCAUAAUUGUAUACGUAAAUAGACUGAAUUAUAUUUAUUUAUUUUUUAAACAAAGAUUUUCAAAUAACUACUGGACAUCCAUUUUGCCGGGUACCGGCAACGAUGAUUAGUUAAAUCUGCAUGUACAACAAAUAGCUACAACAGCUAAUUUUAAAUAUUGAACGACACACCGUGUGUUAUUAGUUUCAUCGACGUUUUUCGUUUUUAUAUUUUCGCAAUUUACGAUAUUGUGAACGCAACAUUAUUAUUGUACUUACGAGUAUACGUACCAACCCACGGUAAAUCUGGCACAUGAAUCGCAUACGGUAUGGACGUACUGUAUAUAAUUCAUAAUAUGAUGUGUAAUGUACCUAUAUACAGACAAAACCAUCACGUUCUCCCUCUUGAUUAGACUGAUCGAAUGUUGUUUACUUUGUAUCUGGUGAUGUUUGAUCUCGAAGAAAUCAAGUACGAAAACGAAAUUUGAUACACGCCUAGCCCUUUACUUAUAACCUUAACCUAUAACCACCUAUAGGUAUAAUGCAACGGUGUCGGAAUUUUUUGAAGUGCCCUUUUGACUACAUCGCGUUAUUAUACUUUAUAGGUAUUGAAGAACGACGUCACCUACUAUAUUAUUAUGUAUAUAGUGGAACCUGCUUAUUUAGCGGCUAUAGUAUAUCACCAACGCGUCAAUGUUAAACACGAGAGAGAAAAAUAUACGAGAAAUAGGUACGAAUACAACGGAUACGGUACCUAAUGAUAUUAGUGUUAUAGUGUUGUUGGGAUUUAUUUUUGUUAAAUAAAUAAAUAUAAAACAAACAAAAAUCCAAUUUUAAAUAACAACCUAUUUAUAAUUUAAAAACUAUAAAUUCCACCAUAUCUGUUAAACGUUAAAUGACUUAUAGUUUAUUCAUACCGAGAGAAAAAUUAUACUAUACUUGUUCUAAUACUAUAGGUAAAAUAGAAACCGUGUAAAUGACUAUAAUGAGUAAGUAGACAAUCCGAAGAACAAAAUGAGCUUUAGAGGUGUAAUGUAAGUGCAUAAUAAAAAUCGCUACUUCACUCGGACAGCUAUAUUGUAAUAAAACGAUAUCGGCAGUUCAGACAUUGGGAAUGACAACAGUGGCAUUUUUAGUAUUGGAUCAGAAAUAAUGCCAUACAGGUUAAACGACCGAUUACUCAACAUACAUAAAAAAAAAAAAAAUAUGUAGAAUCGUAAAGAGCACAAAAAACCAUUUGUGAAACAUGGUAUGGUAAAAUUAGGUUACAAAGACCAAACUGAAAAAACCGGACAUACUUUGCACAAUUGAUAGGCCACUAGGCGCUGUAGUUGGAGUGUUUUAAUCGUGCCUUAAGAGAUAUAAGGUAAUUGUAUUUAUAAAUUGUGAUACUUUUUGCCAUAAACCAUUGCUAAGGAAAAAUGAUUCUGAGCGGAGUAAUAUAAGUCGUUAUUUUUACCGUGUAGAUAUGGUAACCCAGAAAUCAAUAAAAAUAAAACCGAUGUACCGACAUUUGUUGUCGGUAUUUUCAAUUGAAAUGUUAAGUGUUUAAAAAAUUAGUUUAAUUAAAACAUUAAUGUUAAGGUACAGAAUAAAUAAAUCGGAACAGUUCUAUUAACACGAAAAGUGUUUUCGGGGGAAAAGAAAAUUCUUAUUUACAAUUUUCUAUUCAUAAUUAAUGAAGUAUCCAUAGUGAGUUGAUAACGCAGAAUAAUUUGAAAGGAUAUUUUGAUAUGAGUAUUAUACUAUUGUUAUGACCACCUGAAGAAAAAAAUCACUAAUACAAGUGAAAAUGUUGAAAUUUCUGGAUGUAACCAACAACAAAUUAGCUAUAGUUAAAUGAUUUAUAAUACCUAAACCUUAUAUUGUUUUAUUAAAAACCUAGAAAAUAUUUAAUAUGAAUUAUAAGAUAGUAAAAUUGAAAUAAUUCAAAUUUAAUUAAAUUUUUAAUGAUAUUAACAAACUUCUGACGUUAAAAUAUUAUAGGUAUCUGUAAUUUAUUAUGUACAUACGCUAAAUUGUACAGACAAUGUCUUAUCAUAAAUAUAGAAAACUACAUAAUAAUUAAGUGGUUUUAAAGUCAAAAAUAUUUUAAACAGUGUCAACUUCACGGGUAUUUUUCGAUUUACGAGAAUUUACUGUGUAUUUUUAAAGGUUUCCUGGUAGAUUCUAAUAAUUUAGGUGGUUGUGGUACAUGCUAAAGCUAGGGGGGACAGGCUCCUUUAUUUGAAAUUUUUAUCUUCAACGUUAUACUCAGAGGUGCUCUAAGAUGUCAUGUUAUCAAUUAAGUUAUUUCCAUAAAGCUUAUUCAUGAUUUGUGUCUCGGCAAUUAUUAUAAAUUUUCGUCAACUAAAUACGGAAAAUACAAGUGUCAAAACAACUGGGUGAGCUACAUACAAACUGGGUUGGCUAAAUCCACCCAAGCUUCCUUCCUAGUGGUACUAAUGUUUCAUGGUAAACUAGGUGUUCAUUAUUAUUUAAUUAUUUUGAAACCAUGUAAGUUUUUGUUCUCUUUUGGCAUCCUGGAUUAAGUCUACGAUAAAUUGUCCGAGACCGGACUCGACAAGAAGAGGUCGAGACAGUGUAUUUUUAAUUUUUUAAAAAUUCAAUUAUUAUACUCGUUUGAAGAAAAAUAUACCUGAAAUGUUAUUUAAAUAGUUUUUAAUUGACAUCAAAUUUACAACUAGUUUCAGUUAGGUUAGGUUACUUUGGAUCGCUAAAUUGAAAUAGUUAUUCAAAAGCAUUCGAAUACGUAUAAUAAUUUUAUAACUUAAUUUUAGUUUUUCACAGAAUUAAAAUGGGUACUUUCCAUUAAUUACAUUUUCCCAGGAAAAUCUGCCUAAUAUGAAAAUAUAGAAAAGUUUUUGAUGUUACGAAAUAUAUUACACUAAAUUGCGAAGUGUAGAGUUUCGGAAUGUUCUCUAAAUCACUAUAUGUAUCUAAUAUAGAUAGAGGAAACAAACUUCUAAGACUCUAUUUAAGUAAAUUCCAAACUACAAGUAACAGUAGUAACUUUGUAAUAAUAAUUAUAUUAUAAACAAUUGUUUGAUUAUUAUAAUAUGCAUUGUAUUGCAACAUGAAAGUAAUCUACCAACGUGUACAUUAGUUCAAUAAUUGACUUUUGUAGGUACUCGAUAAGCUUUAAAAUCUAAAAAAGCAAAAAACGCAAAAUAUUUACCAAGACCAAACGAAUAUUAGUACCUUGUAGGUAUUAUAAAAAAAAAUUUAAAUUAAAAAUGAUGUCCUGGUAGACAACUAUUGAAACGAAUUUCAUACUAAAUAUAACUUAAAACGCUGAUAAAAAUAAAUUGCAAAAUAUUUAUACAAAUAACAAAUAGCUUAUGGGUGACUCGUCAAUUCUAGAUAUUACCACGUUUAUAAAGAGCAAAUACAAAUAUUUGGUAAAAAUUACAAAUCUUUACGAUUUUUGUUAAUUGAUUUACAAUAAAUUUAAAAAAUUUGAAUUAAUAGAAACCGUGAACGAGCAAACGUUACUGUUUUUAUGAACUUUUCCUUCAUUUUUAGACAACUUUAAGCAAAAUCGAAAAAUGAAUAGAAUCUCCUCGAUCCACUGAUAUGACAAAAAUUUCUAACAGAAACCAUCAAUGAGUUCGAUGAUUUGAUAUCUGGGCGAAAGUUGUUAAGUACAAACAAAAAAAAAAAAAUUAUAUAUCAUGCGUAUUGUUAUCUAUUUUCACUAUUGCUUCUACAGGGUGUAUUCGUUGUAUACCGUCUGUGUACAUAAACUCAUUAUUUUGGUUUUUUUACCAAUAAAAUAACAGGACAAUAGAGAGGGUGCGAUUUUUAAAAUAUUAUAAAUAAUAUCAUUAAACUAUUAUUCUAUGAUAAAAAUGUGGAAAAACAACCGAACAGAAAUUAACUCGUAAAUUAUCUUCGUAGACAAUCGCUGGCCCGCGGAUAAAAGAAUCACUCUGAAUGGAAAGUCCUGCGUAUACCUACUUACGCAAUUCGCCUGCGUACGACCAUAUUUUUAUAAUGCACAUACUGUACGCAUUAUGUAUAUACUAUAUUAUUAUAUUGCAUUUCUAUAAAAUCUUUUAUACGCAUUUACGUUGUUUGCGUAUAAUAUAGUGUUUUACGGUCGUUAAAGAAUCUAUUAUAUUAUUUCCUGGUAACUUCUCAAAUGUGACUUGCAGGUACGUUUUGUGUGCUGCACGCAAUUUCGCUGUUGGUGAAAACGCCAGCACCGAGUUAGAAAUGAUGAAUAAUAUUAACGCCGCCGUCACCGCGGUCAGAUUAAUUCGCCUGAGAGGUUUAUUUCGGCAUUGAGUUUGUUUUAUUUCCCUUUAAUUUAUCAAUCUCCUGUUUUAUUGUCAAACAUAAAAAAACGGAAAUGUUACAAUAAAAAUACAAACCUUUAUGCCGAAGCCCCGGAAAACUACUUAUUAUGUACAUUGGUGGAUAUAUGUUACCAGGUACACUCGUAUAUUUGGUAAAUUCAAAUCUGAAUGAAACUCCACAAAAAAAAAAAAAGAUAAAAACAAUCUAUAAAAACAAUUGGAAAAACAUCUGAUACUGCUAAUGGGUGUAUCACCAUCAGUAUAGCAAAUACUAGAGAAUUUUCUGAGUGUCAUAACUGUUCCUACUUGAUUUUUUUUCUAAGCUAUAGAUAAAGAAAAAGGUUACAGAUCCCUAUACUCUGCAAAUUCACGAACCUUCUGCCCAUUGAUAAAUCUUGGUUAAGUCAACGGCCACUGUUGUAGUUAGAAAGUUGUACAUCAUUCAACUUAUAUCUUUGAACAAAGAAAAAUCAUUACUAAUAAAAAAAAUUAUGAAUUAAAUUUGAUCAAACACGUUUUGAAAUGUCUUCAUACUUAUGGUUUUCAAUAAAAUUUGAAACGGUUUUUAAAGAAAAUUGGUUGGGAAAUCUAAACGAAAUUUUGUUCACUAAAUAGUAUCAAAACCUAACAAUAAAGAUCUCUUAAAAAUUUUUGAUUGUAGCAAGUUUCUGGUAGAAAAAAUGUUGAUUGACCGAAAAAAAAACCUAUUAUAAUAAAACUAACACAUUUCUCGUUACACUCAGAUUCUAAACUGUAGGUAUGCCAUUGUCCUCGCACAGCGAUCUCGUAUUAUAUAUUUUUAGGAUUACAAAAAUAAUACAGUGACUGGCCUUUUUCAUUGUUUAUGUAUACAAAAUUUCUUUGAAAUUGAAAAAUAUUAGUUUAAUUACCUAUUAAAUCUCACUGUCAAUUUAAUUUCCUCAUUUGUAAACCAUUUUUAAAAGCGGUAUUUAAAAAAAAAAAAAAGUGUAGCACUGUAUUAUUAUUAUAUUUAUUUGUUUAUUGUUUUAUAAAGAAUAUUUAUAUAAUAUACAAUAGACGGGAAGGGGAAUUAAAUUCUGAAGCUUACGGUUUUGCAAAUUAUUGUAUUGUGUGUGAAGAAACUUAAGAGGUAGAUUUUUUACACGAGGUUAAAAACAAACUUUACAUUUUUCAAAAUGAACAUUAUUGAUACAAAGAUAUAAGCGAAAGAUUAUGAAAUUGUAUUGGCUUAUAAAGUUUAUAUUUAAUUCAUUGUUCCCUACCUUCCUAUAUAAAUAUAGUUUGUUUUAGGUGUUUUAUAAAUAUAUGAAUAUGAUAUGGAAAAUUAUUAUUUUUAUCACUUUCAUCGUAAAUAAACGUUCGGUCUAUAUAUGUUUACAUAUACGAUCUAUAGAUCUUAACAAAUUAUCUUGGAAUUUUUAAAGUUAUAAUAUAAUUUACAUAAAUAAUAAAAAAAAGGUCAUAAAAACUAAUCUAAGUUAUAUUAUUAUAGAUGAUGUCCGUACUUUUUCAUAAUUUUAAGGUUCGUGUUAUGAUAUUGUUAGUGUUAUUGUAAGGCACUCGUUAUCUCGGAAGGUAUUUACUUUUUCUGGAAUUUUUUUUCUAGAAUAUUUAAUAAAUGAGCUGUUCUAUGAUUUCAUAUGUAUGUUAUUUUUUGUCACCCAUAUUUUUGAGGGUAAAACCAAUACCUUCUUUUGAUAUUUAAAUGCAACCUAUAUUAAAAAAUUCCAUAAAUUUAUGAAGUAUUAGUUUUAAUUUUUGAUUUCCGUCAAUCCGUUGGCGAGAUAUUCCACUUUUAUGUUUUGGUUGGGGCUGAGUGGUGAUAUAUUAUUGACACAUCGCGCGCCGUACCGCCAUACAAUUGAUACUCCACUACUUUCCUCCAACUCAAACUUAAAAGUUAAAUAUCUCGUCAAUGGAUUGAUAAAAAUCAAAAUGUUCAACGCUAAAAUUUAUUUUAAAUAGUACUACAUCUAUUUAUGGAACUUUUGAUAUAGGUUUCUAUUUGAAAAUCGAAAGUAGAUAGUGGUUUUAUCCCUAAAAAUAAGGGUGGCAACAAAUAACAUAAAUAUAAAAUUGUAGAGCAGCGAUUUUCGUGUUCUAAAAAAUAAAUUUCGGUAAAAGUUAAUAAUUUUCAAGAUAAAGAUUGGUAUUAUGAUAGAUUGAUCAUCCUGUAUAAUGAAACCAUAAUUGUAUAGUUAUUUAAACAGAACUGUUCCAAAUAUUUUGUUUUUAUUUGAAAAGAAAACGAAAUGCUUAUUAUUUUUUUUCUGAUGGUUUAUUUUAUUCCUGUGUGACCCGUGGUUUUUUUUUUUUUAAUUAAUGAAAGAAUUCACAAAAAUGAGCGAAAACAGUACAGUGUUUUGACAAUUUAUUGUAUGCAUAUAAUAUGCAUUAUUGUGGCAUAAUAAUGUAUACACAUAACUACUUUAAAUAGCUUUAAAUUCUGAGAAUUGAGAAAAUUAUUUCCCUGAAAACAAUUUUUAGAAUGUUUAAAACUCUCUAAAUGUUUAAAAUAAUAAACAGGUAAAAAUGAAUAAGCCAAAUAGUUUAAAUAACUUAUUAAAUAUAAUAUAGAAUAAGUAAAACAUGUACAAUAACUUUUUCAAUAUUAAAUAUUUAAUGUUUUUGAUUAGGUAAUUUGAAUCGAAUGUACAGAAUGCACGGAUAAUUAGAGAUUGAUAAUAAAAUUGUGGUUUUUGAGGAGACUUUUUCUCAGUUGAGAGUGAUGCUCAAAACUUUUGAUAAGUUAUAUUUUAAAUUUUAAAGCACUUCUUUAAGGAGAAAAAGUGAUCCAAAUAUUUGUUUACGAGUCCCAAAAGCGCAAAACAAUGAAGGAAAACUUUUAAAGAACACCGUUAUAGUAUAAAAUAUUUUACAUUCCAUUCAAACUUGGUACCUACUCAUAUAAGUAUUCCAUAUAUCCUUAUGUCUAUUAAUAAAGUGAAAACCUCUGUUUCUUAAAGGUGUGUCAUACUGAUAGAGACAGUAAAACUAUAAACUGAUGCUUACUGCGUAGAUAUUAAAAGAGCAGAACGAAUUCAAAAUUCACGUUUUUGACUUUUGUUUUUUAAACAUUGUACUGAUGGAAUACAGAAUACAUGUACUUAUAAAACAUUUAAAUGUAUUAAUAAGUUUAGUUUAGAUAUUGAUUGUUUAUAUUUAAUAUCAUUCACUAGGUACAUCUUAGUACUGGACCGAUAUAUUAGGGGUAGAUAUCUUUUGUGCAAGGUGUAAUAUUAUAUCAAAUUACAACGUUUAAUAUGUAGGUCAUCAAAACAGACUAGCGACAGUGUACGGAUAAAAAUAUGUAUUUUUUUUUUUUAUUAUUGAAAUGUAUAUAUAAAAAAAAAAUGUUUGACAGUCGGACAGUCGAUGAGUCGAUAACAGUUUUACUCAAUAUUCGUAAUGACCAUUCAGAUAGGCAAUGUCUGUACACACAUUUUGCUACUGCACGGUAUAGUAUUAAUAUAGGUCGAGAGGGGGAGAGCGUUGAAAAAGGCAUAAAAUAAUAAGUUUGUCAAUAAUAAAAUUCAUUAUUAAUUAACAUUCUGUAAAAAUAUAUCCAUAAUAUGUUGUUUUUGCUAAGUAACAACAAAAUAUUAUACCAAUCACUAUAGUUGAGUUAAAUUUUUGAAAAUACUUAAAAUAGAUUCGUUUAAAUCGAUAAAAACUGAAAUUAUAUUAUGCAAAUAAAUUAUAAUAAUAAAUAUCUAUAGUUUGUAAGCAAAUCAAAUAUUUUAUUUCGUAUUAUUACAAUAUAAUUUUGAAUAUUUUGAAUAUUAUGUUUGUUGUCAAAAAUACAACGUUUCCUUUCCAAAUAAUUAAACAUAAUAUGAUUAAUAAAACUAAAAAUAAUAGUAUAACAGAAUCUGGUGUUAGGUUUAUUCGAUUCAAUUUACGUUCCUUCAUUAGCUUUCAAGUUAUAUCAUCGAACAAUUCUUCGGAAAUCGACAGUAAAAAAAAAGAAAGUAAUUUCCUUAUUUUGUGUCAAAUUUACCGCUUAGGUUUUUUAGGCACAUUUGUGUAAAGUUUGUCAACCUGUAGUAUUUUGAAUAACCUUUCUUUUCGAAUUUGGAUAAUCUUUGAAUUAAAGUGCUUUUAAUAGGUUUGCGAUACUUAUGCAAAAACGAUCUAUCUAAAACUUCGGCAUCGGGUAUAAAGAUCACGUGACGAUAGUUUACGAGUACUUACAUAGUUUCAUACUAACGAAUAACUUGAUACACUGCAAUUCCCGCUUCGAUUGGCACGAAACAAAAUCUUGGAAAUUUCGUUUCCGAAAACGAAGAGGCUUUAAAGCCGGUUUGGCACUGCGAUACCAUUCCCGUAAACGGUAAAGAUGAUUUAGUUUAGUUAUUAAAAUUUACAGAGUGAUUAAUCUAUUGUAAGACUAAUACAUUAAUCACACUGUAGCGAGAAUAUAAAUUACAUUUUUAUUUUACUUCUUAACUGAAAAAUAACUUUUUAAAAUAGCCACUUUGUAACGGAUAUUAUUUUAAAUAUUGUAAAGAUACACACAUUUCCGAUAUAGAGUUUCAUAAUAAUAGCCGUUUUGAUUUCUAGAGUAGGGUUACACAUUAACUUAUUAUAGUGUUAUAUCAAAUCACAAUCUGUGACAAUAAAGUAUAAGUCAUCUAUUGAAUACAGUUUUUUUUUUUUUUUUUUUUGCCCAAUCUAGGCCAUUUAGACCCAUUGCCGCUUUCACAAUCUUCCUUCGUGUGCGUCUCUAUGAAUUUCUUGCUUUUUUCCAUUAUCAAUCCAAUUAGUCUAAGGGCUUCUUUGACUAGGUCUUUCCACUGUUGUCUUAGAUUUUAUUAGGUUUUUGUUUUUGUGAGAAUCUAUCUUUGUUGGCCCUCUGCCCUCUAUAUAUAUCCAACUCAUAUUAAUUUUUGGCUCUUGAGUGUGGCCACUGUAAUAAAGCUAUAAUUUAUCCGAUUGAACGUAUGUAGUAACCGCUUUCUAUAUUUCUUUUUUUUCAAGAUUUUCCUUUCGAAAAUCAAUAAUUUGUUUAUAUCCUAAUUAUUAGAUGCUCAUGCUCCAUGGGUAUCGAGUGUAAUUGAUCUAACAACGGUAGGUAUUAUAAUAUAGUCUUAUUUUUGUUCCUUGUUGUUCAUGGCCCCUUUAAAAAUAAUUAUAUACACAUAUGGACAUGUUUUACACGAUAGGUGGGUCACUGUUGAAGGUGAGAAGUUGGGAAGGUAUAGGGGAAAUUUAAUUUAAAUCUGUACGCAACGAUUAAACAUUGCUAAUGAAAACUAUUCUAAGCGGAGUUCGGUUAUACAUGUUUUGAAAGGCUUAAUAAUUGCGAUCAUUAUAAAAUUAGUACAUUCCUCGCUCCCCUCAGAGUCUAAAAUAUGUUGAUUAAACAAGAAAACUGUAGUCUGUUCACCUUCUCAUCUAUAGUUGUCGAGAUAAAUAAAUAUUACAAAAAUCAAUAGAAGAAAAUGGAUUGAAAAUGUAACUAAAAUAUGGAUUUUAACUAGAAUCUUCUUCUACCUCGACUUUUUUCAACCUACUUGGGGGUCAGCUGCCUUAUUUCUAAAUGUCCAGUUUAUUCGAUCAACCACAUAAUAAUUUAUCUACACCCUAGCAGUUUUAAUUUCAUGUAUCACUCUCAACUGUUUCUAACCAUCUCCUUUUUGGUUCUAUAUCAGAAUACUUCGUAAUUUGUGUGUCUAUACGUGAAUAUUCUCUUUCCUUUCAUCUGAUUUUAUUCGAAAAAAAAAAAGUAAGAGAAAAAGUUAAAAAUGACAAGUAAUUGUACAUGUCAUAUUUUCCGAUGAAUACAAUGAGGUAGUUCAAAAUACUUAUUAUGGAACGAUCGGCACUCUUCAAAACACGUGAAAGGGAAAGAUUGGCAAAUAUCAAAAUAUCGGAAUCUUAACCAAUUUAAAUUAAAAAUCACACACGACUUACCUAUUAUCCUACUGACAGUCCCAUUCAGCCUGUGUCCCGCGUUACCGACUAAAUGAGCUCCCAAACUGUGGCCGAUCAAUAUGAUAUCACUAAACGUUUUAAUGAUCUCACGAUCAUGCAAACCAUUCAACCAGUCGGCCAGGUGGGGGACCACUGUCGGAAAUUGGAUGACCAAGUUUCCAUAAUCCAUUUGCAUAGCCCAGUCUGACCAAUCGACCAGUACCACGUUCGAAUCAGUCAUCCGCGCGAGCCCUGCAUAUGAACAACAAAAAUUCUGUCAGUAUUGACAAUUUAAUUUAUUAAUCGAAAAAAAAAUUAAAAAACAAAUCUAAAAUAUUAAUAAAGCGAAAAUUAAACUUUUUGUUUACUUUUUUUCAUAUUGGUUUCCAAGAAUAAUUUUUCUUUUGAGAAGUAUCAAUUUGAGGAAAAUACCUAUAGAAUGAACCUACGAUAAAUUUACCUACCAAAACCUUUAAAUAUGUAUAAUUUCCAAAAAUGUGUUACAAACACGUUGAAAUAAACAAUAAACAAUAUCUGUCUAUUAUAUUUAUGUGUCCAUCCACCUAUAUAGUGUAAUCAAACUAUUUUCGAAAUCGAAAUCCAUUUCACGAACUUCAAUCAAAACCCGUAAUCCGUUUUUAGGUGAUUGAACGGACCCAGAUUUUAUUAUUUUCGUAAAGUAUAAUAUAGGAAUACAUAAGUACCUACUAUGUACCUUCUGUAUUUAAUAAAAGAGAAUUGUGUUUCGACAAAUACCUUCAGUACAAUAUUGUAACUAAAUUUAUUACACUUUAUCAGUCAAACUCAAUACGGUUUGUUAAAAGUAUGGUUCAGUUUCGCAAGUUUGAAAACCUGACAAAUAUAUUUGUAUUAUUAUUAUUGUUAUUUAAUGAUAAAAUACAAUUUUAACGAAACACUAUCUUCAUGUGAAGUAUGAAUGUAUUAUAGUUUUUGUUGGACAAGGUUAUAUUCUAGUUGAAACUAUAGUCAUAUAAAUUAUGUAGACUGUAAACCGUAUACAAGUAGAUAAAUAGACGUUAAAAUUGUUGAAAGCUUGAGUUCGGUGUGAAAACUGACAACAUUAAGUUAUCCAUGGCCAAUCGUGACUCGUCCAAUUAUUGUAAUAAUACAUAACUCGCUAACUUUCACUACCUAUCAACUAUAAAUUCAUUUGAGAAAUAAUUCGAUUACACUGAAUAUGGACGUGACAUAUUAUUAUUAUUAUUAUUAUUGUAAACGUUAACUUGAAUCGAUAUACAUUUUCCUAAGGCCACUAUAAUUGGAGUCUUGGUACUGCAUCUAAAUCCGUGCGCAAACACAAUCAGAGGUUUGUUGUUUUGAAUUUUUGAAUCCGUCACGUCCACUAAUUGAUAGCUAAAACAAUCGUAUAUUGCAAUAUUACUAUAAUUAAUCUCUAUGAAGUCAUUAAUUUCAACGAUAGUAAAAGAGUCCAGAUUCACCUUAAAUUUGUAUUAAUUAUUUAUACGUAUCUAAUAUUGUUAUCAUGCGAUAAAAGACAAUUAUAUAAUAUUAAAUUAUGGAAAUUGUGUUUCUGCGGAUAUAAUAAUAUAGAUAAACACGUAUGGAUUUUUUUAUUUUUUUACUCCGUGUACUUAGUUUGCAAAAUAACUAGGAAAAACUUAAGAAAAAUGGUAAAAUUUACGUUUUUAUUAAUUUUGAUUUUAUUUUUUGCUAUUAAUCUAAUAAUUAUCAUAAAAUUUUUAUCGAAUUUAGGUAUAUAUGGUUUUUUUUAUCGAAUACCUAAACGGGUUUCUUCUAAAUAUGAUAAGAUAUCAAAAGUAUUCUGCUGAUAUUUAAACAGUUUUUAGGCUUUUGACAUUUGCAUGUUGUUUAGUUUUAUUUGGUUUUACGUGAAUAAAAUCAUUUUUAGUCGAGCAGAAAUGUGUACAAGUUUAACCAGUACUAGUCAUAAAAAAAAAUAAUACGUUCAGAAAUUUUGUUCAUAAACUUUUUUUCAGUUCAAAUUUUUAUGAAAACCAUUAAGACAAGUUUUUCUAAAUUUUAUCCGUAAUCGGAAUAUUCGGAUAUCUACACAAAUAACGUAAUUUGGUUAUUGUUAUUACGACAACUCUAAAUUCGUGUAUAUUUUAUCGAAUAUUUCAAUUGAAACAAAAUUAACCUUUUCUAUAUUAUACUUCAUAAUUAUAAUAUAUAAGUACCAACGUUUGCUAUUAGUUUAGUAUUAUGUUAACGGUCUUGUGUACCUAAGUGUAUAAUAUGAAAACUAAAAUAUUCAAAUUGAAAUAUAAUUUCUUGGUUAAAAAAUGUACAAUACAAUUUUAAAUUUUACCCCGUCUACCCUUACAAUAUUAAGGAAUAUAUAGGUACGCGAAACAUUUAAAUUUCAUUAUAACAUUGUAAUUCCCUAAACUCGGCAAUCUCAAAAAUUCGUUUGUCUUUAAUUAAUAGUUAUGCCACACAACGAGACAAAUUAGGUGGUUAAUCAAAUAUGCGAUUGUUUGGUAUGAAUUUACUUAACGGAAAUUCUGACUAUACUUGUUUAUAGACAUUGCAAAACAUCUUUGGAAAUAUAUUAACAUAUAUGACUGUACAACAUAUAUCAUAAAUAGAUAGAUGAAUGUAUGUAUAAAUCAAAUAGGUCCUAUGUAAGAUAUCUAUUAUAAAUGUACUUAAUUAUGUACUAUGUGUUUAGUAGUUUGGCAGAUAUCGUGCCAGACGGGUCUUAUAUACGAAUAAACGGAUUAAUUCAAUAUAAUUCGUCUUCUUUUCGACUACUAACCCUAUCUAAAUAGGAUAAUAAAGCUAUAGUUACGCCAGUUUGUACGCCUGUUGUACAUGAUUUAACGCACAGUUUGAUCGUAAUUCAUCAUCCAAUUUCGUAUGGUUAUCAUAAUAUACAUUAAAGUUAUAGGCCAUUAUUGUUAUUAUCGACGUUCUCGAAGGAUAUGAGGCUACAUAUUUGAAUUUAUUUUUAUUUUUUUUUUUGAUGUUUUAUAUUUUUAACUUAUUAAAUUAUAAUGUUCGCUUUAGUUUUUGGUAAGUAGGUAUAACUUUUCACAUUUAUUGCAAUUAUUACAACUUAUCACUUUUUUAUAGCCCCGUUAUUAUAUUUCGUUGAUAGGAAAUUCAUUAAAAUGCCGGUGAUAUCAUAUAUCGUCCCAUAAUGACUUAAACAGCAUCACUUGGAAGUUGGAGCGUGGCCAAAAAUGUAAAAAUACGGAAGUGACCGCGCAUCAUUUUGUCAGUGUUAUACACAGCUAAACAGGAUGUUCAAUUUGGUAUCUAGAUCGAUAUCGCACAUACGGAAAUAAGUUUUAUUCAGCAAUGAAAUUAUAUAACAAGGAAAAUAUACCAGUUGUUUAUUAAACAAUGGAAAAAAAAUCUAUAAUAAGUACCUAUACCAAUGAAAAAAUAUGAAAUUAACAAUAACUACUUUUUCAAAUAAAAAGAAAAAUUAAACUUUUCCAAAAGAAGUUUUGCUAUUUACAUGAUUUUAUUUGAAUCGUUCGUACAGGGCAAAACUCCUGUAUAGUAAACACUAUUGUAGUUCUGUUUUUAUACAGCAUAAAAUUAUCGUUUCAUCAAAGUAUACAAUAUAAUAUAUGCAUUUUUUACAUUUCGAGUUUUAAUAUUUGUUAUAAUAGUAUUUGUUUGAAAAAUUUAAUAGACCUAUUAGGUCUAUUAAUAUUAACAGACGAUUGUAAUUGAAAAACUGAUUAAAAAAAAUACCAUUUUGUCUUAAGUUACAAAAGUAAUUUUGAAACAAAAUAUUUUUUAUUUAAGAUUCUAAGUGGAAUAAAUAAUUUAUUUUUUUAAAUUUUUGGGUAUUUUUUCAUUAUUUGAAUCUUUAUGAUUAUAAAAGUUAUGAUAGGAAACCAUUUAUAGAUACCGAAUAUAUUCUUUAGGUAUUUUUUUAGGACAAAUAAGGCCAAUGAUAAUAAUAAUAUAUAGAACAAUAAUUAUGGUUUCUUAUAAAAUCCCAUUUGAUACAAGUCCAUUUGGCUGAAAUUGUUCGUGAUGUCAUUUGAGUGAGCCUAAAUAUAACCUAACCUAUAUAUGGAUAUGAUAAAUCUUAAAUCAUUGGUACUUUAUAAUUUAUUACUCACUUACUUUUUAUCAAACAAUUUAAAUUUAACUUCUCUUGUAGUGGAGUUGACGUCAAGUUGAGCAGUUAAAUCAUCUGGAAAAUAAGCCCAUGAUAUUAAAUAAUUAAACAAUCAUUAAAAAUAAAGCAACUUGUUUAAUUUUAUAAAUGCAUUAUGUUAACUUACUAAACAUGAAUAGAAAUAUAAACAAAAUACAAAAAUAUGAAAUCAUUUUCCCCGCAGCAACACGUAUAAAAGUUAAACAAAACAGACGUUAUUUCGUGUUUUAUGACCUAUAUGAAAUAACAAACUGAAAAUUUCACAAUAUAUUCGUAAUAUAAACGUACGCUCAUGGUCAUCAUUAAAAAAUAUUACAAACAUUAAGAUUGUAUUUGCGAUAAAUAAAAGAGUACACAUAUGUAUUGAAUACAACAUUAUUUAUCAAAAAUUGGUCAACUAAUUUAUUAUAUUCAUUGCGAUACUUAAUUUUACAUGUAGAUUUCAUAAAUGUUUUUAUCCUAAACUAAAAAAAAAGUCAAACGUAGAAAAAAAAUAUAUAAUUCAAGGCAUAUAAUGUAUUUUUUUUUCUAUAAUAAAGUAGCAUUAUAGGUAUAACCAUUGAUUAUGAACCGAACCACCAUUCGGUGUAUAAAUUAAUAGAAGUUUGCACUGACUGACAAUUUCUGACCAGUCUGGCCCAGCCAGGUUGAAAAAUAAUACGACCCGGUUCAGUUUUUUUGUGCACUUAUAAAAGUCCUGUGUCGUAGUAUUUUAAGACACCCGAUAAUAUUUACCGUUCCCAGCAAAAAUAUCUUAGAAUAAAUUGACUGCCUCUGUUUUAAGAAAAAAGUUGGAAAGAUAGAAUAUAGAGGUUAUUUAAUUUAUUAUAUGUAUGCAACGACAGACAAUUGUUAACGAAAAACGAUUAAGAGACAAGUUUUUUUUAUAUACAUAUUAAACAUAUAUUUUCCAAUUAUUUCCCAGUUACUAUGAAAACCGCUUCAAUCAAAAAUAAUCUUAUUAAAGUACCAAACAGAUUAAAUUUUCUUUCAAAAAAGGUGCAACACAUAAAAAUCAAUAAAAUAAACCCGUCAAUUUGUUUUAAUACUCGUAUUUCUGUUUUCUAACAAGUUUUUUGUUACUUAAAAAAUUACAAUGAAAACUAUAAAAUUGCCUUCUCAAUGCACCUAUUAGGCACAAUUUCCAACCAAAAACCACGUAUUUUGAUUGGCACAUGAUUUCUUGUCAAAUGAGUUGUUUGCUGCCGGAAAUAAAACCACACAUUAACACUGAAAAACUUACAUCAUAUUUCGGUUUUCAUUUAAAAUCUAAAAUUAUCACCAUAAUUUAAUCAAAUAAUUUAUUUUAAUUGAUAUUGUCGCGAAUUUUGUAUGCAUAAAAAAAAAUUAAAUAUGUAAAACUAAAUUAAUUUAUUAAAAUAAAUUCAAAUUAAAAUUUAAUUAAACUGACAAAUUUGUUCAUCUAGUUAUAAUUAUAAUAAGGUACAAUGCAUUAAAAAAUUAAUUACAGAAUAAUAUAAGCAACACAAAAUAUCUCGUUUAAGGAUCGUUUCAGUAGGUAAUAAGUUUUUGCCCCAUGAUAAAACCUAUCAUCAAUGUACUUAUCAGAUUAAAUUGUAGCUUUCUUCUUUUAUUCUUAUAAUGAUAGCCAGACUUUUUUUUUUCUGUAUACUGUCGUGGACAUGACGUUUUGAGAAAAAUGUAAUUUUAUUAUUAUUAAUUUACCGGGAAGAUGUCAGACGUGCGCGUUAAUUAAGCGUUAAGCUUGGGGGUGGCCAAUUUAUUAUUAAAUAAAAGCCAUUUGGUAAAAAAGUUUCUUUUUCGUAUAAAUAUUGCAGUGAAAUCUUUCGUGAAAACUUCAGAAAAAUUAUUUUAAGUAGCCAACUUUAAUAAAUUAUAAUGAUUUUAUUGUGAAAUAUUUAGUAGAAAUUUUUAAUAAUAUUAUUUUUUUUUAUUCCCUCGUCUUAUUUUUCAUAUAAUAAAAUAUGUAAAAGUGUACUGCCAUUUGAUAAAUAUUGAUAGUCUGACGCUAGAAUUCAUAGUUCAUAAUUAUCAAUAUAUUAUUUAUACGUUUUGUUUGUGAAUGCAUCGUGAAUACCGAAUAUUUGUAAUACCACAAGAGGGUUUUAGUCAGGCAACCUGAUCAUUGAAAUAUUAUGCUAUACUAUUACUUGUAACAUCAAAAAUGUAUAUUAUUUAAAGAAACAAAAAACCAUGGAGAGACACUGUUUGACGAUAGGAGAGGUCAGUAAACUAUAAGAUAAUAUUAUAAGUAAUUCAGUUGUUGCAAAAAAAAAAAAAAACUAUAAAUUAUUGCAAUUGAAAAUAUGUCUGACCUUCUGAGAAAGCAGGGUUAACAUUGAUUGCCGUAACAAUUAAAUAUUUAAUGUCGUUAGAGGCCGAACAACACGGGUUUCGUUAAAAUUAAUUUUAAUUCCGCAUCUUGUAAAGUAAAUACUGUACUAAUCAUAAAAAGUGUUAAAUAAAUGAAUAGAAAUUAGACAUGUAGAUAAAUAAAAUUACUUUAGUAAAAUAAAUUGCUUCUUCGCUACAUUUAAAAUCUAAUAUCAUAUCAUUUAACAUAAAUUAAUAAACCUAAAAAGUAGGUAAAUUAUUUCAAUUUCCAAAAUUUAAAUUUUUUAUAAUAAUUAUUAUUUUUUAAAUUCAGUAAAUACUAAUUUUAUGAAUCUAUGAAUAAAAUAAUUUUUGGUAUCCGGCUAAAAAAGCAAAAACAAAAACCGUCAAUUAAUAAUAGCAAAAAUAAGAAUAGUAAAUUUUAAAAAAAAGAGAAAAACUAUUAUCAAUAUAAAUCAUAAUGUCGUUAAAUCAAUUAUGUAUUAGUUAUUAAUAAUUGGAUAUUUAAAAAAAAUAAAAAUUUUAAAAAACUGUCCUAGGAUAUUGGGAACGGGUCCAGUCACUGUUAUAGGUGAAAAGUCGGGAAGGCAGUGGAGGAAAAAUGUUAUAUAUAUUUAACGUAACAAUAAACCAUUGCUAACGAAAAAACGAUUCUGAGUGGAAUUCAGUUGAAAGUAUUGUUAUGGCAACAAUAUAAUAUAGUGACAUUUUUAAAAAAUUUGAGUUAAGAGUACAGUAGAACUAAAAUUAUUCCAUUUUAUUUUGUGAUAAUAAAAUAUAGAAAAAUUAUUCGUCGUGUGCUGCGAUCUAGUAUCAAAUACUAGGUCUCACUAAAUUUAGUUUUCAAAUGAAAAUGUCAUAACAGAUUAGAAGUAAAUAGGUUCAAAGGUCCACAAAAUCUGUUGAUACACUUAUGUCUCUUUACUGCCAAAUUGCUAAAAAUUUUUUUAUUAUUCGAAUAUAAGAACAGUGAUGAUAUAAUAAAAUACUCUAGUUAGAUUUCUUUUCAGAAAAAGUGCUAAUGUAAAUCGGAGCAAAUUAUUGCCGGUAGAAAAAUUAAAAAAUCCAUAAUAUUUUUAAUUAAUACUUAUAAUUUAUAUAUUUUCCCGUUUUGGCUACGUUAUUUCCUAGAUUAUCCAAACAAAAAAAAAAAAAAAAAAAAAAAUGAUUUCAUUAAUUAUAUUCCCAAGGCAUACUUUUUAUAACUAGUUUUAUCCAAAUAUUAAGAUUAUAUUUAAAAAAAUAGUUAAAAAUAAAAUAAUUUGAUAAUUAUUAUGAAUUAUCCAUUUUAAAUACACUGAGAAUAUCUCUGGAUUGUGGUAAAAUAACCACUUUGUAUAUAUAUAUAUAUAUAUAUAUAUAUAUAUAUUCAGACUCCGGAAGCCAGGUAGGGAUUUUUCACGUUUUAUACUUUAAUAUACUCGUGUAUAAUACGAGCUGGUGACCGGAUUAAAACGUCUCUCAUAGCGAAAUCGUUUGUAUAAGUUUAAAGUUUACUGUUGGUUUCGAUAUAUAGGUCCAUUCCUCACAAAACAAUGGAACUAUAUAUUUGGAUUUAGCGUUGUAUACAAAAGAUUUGGAGGCCGAUCAAUGUCCCGUACAAAGAGCGAUUUUUAUUUUCUUCUCUAGUCUUUUUGGUCCCAAUGAACAAUUUGUUUUCGAAGACCUGCGGUGAAACGUAGAAUAUAAAAAAAUAUCAUUUUGCAAUCGUUCUUCUCGGGAUUUUUUAACCGUUUUCGUUUCCCUACCGUAUGUAAACUGGGAAACCAAUUCACUCAGGCGAAUCGAACAGCUACACCACAUAUAGGUAUAGUGUAAUGACGCCAAUCCUUCUUCUCCACACCAAUGAUAAUAAAAAGUGUUCGUCACCGCACACAACAGAAUAAUACAACCGUCAUCAUGUCACAACAUUGAUUAUUUUCUGUUCGCAGAACUUUGAAUUAUCAUCUAGUAUUUUUUAAACAAAAAAUAUUUACCUAUAUUUAUUUUUUACCAUUUAUUUAAUAUUUUAAAUGGUUAAUCAAAUAAUUAAAAAUUACUUUUAAUGUGAAGAUUUAACAAUUUGUAUUUUGCUUGCGUAUAAAGAAGGCUUUUUAUUUACUUUUAUUAAAACUUGAGCAUUAUACACUUAUAUUAUAACUUCCAAUAAGUUAUAACUUAUUAUAUAUAUAGUAUAUAUACGCAUAAUUUGUUCAAUCGUGUGAUUAGUUAAAUAUGAUUUAUAUUUCUUUUUUAUUUAUCCUCGUCACUUAUAUAAUUAGUUCUUUUUUGAAAAUAUUCCUCCGUAUACCCCAGUAUUUUUCCAUCAUUUACUUCACGAAAAACUUCCUAAUCUUACCCUACACCAAAGAGGGUUUUCGUAAGAUAAACACGCUAAUUUCAACGUGAAACAUAUUUAGAGAUAGAAAAAAAAACGUGAAUUAAAGUUUUAAUAAGGAAUAAUGACAAUGUGUAGAGACAAAGAAGAAUUGUUGGAAAGACAGGAUAUUAUAUAAUAUUAAUAUUACUGAAAUAUAAUGCUGAUCCGUAUAAUACAACUAGUAAUAUUACUAAGAAAACGUAUGAAUUAAGUAAAUCAAGUAGGAAAAAAAAAAUGUUGAACCAGCCAAAAUACGGUAAUUUUUUACCAGUCAAAAAUCUAUAGAAAAAAACCAUCAUAUUCGUUACGGUCUAUGUCUCUAUUUCCAUACCCAUAUUUUAUAGCUUAGAUUUUUUAAUAAUUUAACAGAUAAAAAUUAAAGUUGCCUGCUUAUUAAAUAAAAGAUACAAAUUAUACAUUUCUUAAUUUAAUAUUUUUAUAAUUGUGGGUGUAAUUAAUAUUCAUAAAUUUGUAUUUUGUGUUUAGUUUUUUUAAUUGUAAUAAUAAUAUAAUAUCAUUAUUUAUUUUUUUUUUUUUUAGUCUAUUACGUCUAAUUGGCCAUGAAAUAGAAGACAUUCAAAAUACGAAACAUUUAUCAUGGCAGAUCCGGAAAGAACGAGGUUGGUUGUUUUGGGUGAUGCUGGAGUAGGAAAGAGUGCCAUUUGCAAACGAUUUUUGUACAACUCGUUUUGCUCCAAAUAUAAGACAACUGUAGAAGAUCUUUACAGCAAAGAAUUCAAUGUCGGAACAUCUCAACAGCUCAAAGUAAUAUAUUAUUUAAAGUUUUAAAUAUCACUGCAAUAUUACUGCAUUACGAUUAUAGCAGUUUACAACAUUAUAUGAACACAUUGGAAAGAGUUUUACUCUAAAAUUCAAAAAGAACUUUCAUUUAACGAUAAAAUAAAUUUUACAAUAUUGUAAAUAAAUAUAUGAAUUAAAAAAUGUAUGUAUAGAAAUAAAAAAUUAAUAAAUUAAUUCGUCGGCUAGAGUAUUAUGAUAAAUGUAUAAUACGAUUGAUUUUGAAUUAAAAUUUCAACACCAGGUAUAUCACAGUUGAAUUGUAAAACGCGAUCGAAUAUGAAAAAGACAUCCUAUGAUAAUGAAAAUAGGUACAGUCACUGUUAUAAGUAAUUUAUUAUAUAUCUGUAAGCAACAAUAAAUCAUUACUAACGAUAAAACGAUUCUGAACGCAGUUCAAUUGAUAGUAAUACUUUGUUGACAAUUUAUAAGUCAUAUAAUAUAAUUAUAAUUAUAAUAAUAAUUAUAGUAAAAUAAUUAAAUAGGCAUUAUAUAUUUUCUUUAAUAUUUGUUUAAUAUUGUACCAAUUUUCACAGUUUUCCCGUAUUUUUCUCAAUAUUUCACAUUUGUUGAGAAAACUCCUGGGAAAAUUUAAAAAUUACUUUUUUAAAGUACUAUGAAAAUAAAAUUUCCUUUCAGAAAAUAAGCUGCACUUAAUACAUCGGAACAAGAUUUCUGAUAGAAAAGUUUGCACAGUAAAUCGAGAGGUAUAAGUAAACUAAAAUAGUCUGAGCUAGCGAUAGCUGGGUCUCUAAAUACAUCUAAAAUGCAACUUUAUUCAAUAUUUAGGUGAAAGGAAAAAAAAAGUUAUACCAUUCGGCUACGACAAACACAUUAUGGAGAUGAUAAUAUUUAGGCACAACAUACUAUAAUAUCAAAAUAAUAAAAAAUUUUCAAAAAGAUAUAAUUUCGAAUCUAAGUCAGUCCGCUUAAUUUUGACUUCACCACCGUUCUUAAAUCGGCAAUAAACAUAUGUUCAGAAAAAAAAAAAAAAUUGAUAAAUCAGAUUUGUUCCACAUAAAUUUUUACUCAAACGAUUUUUGUCAAAAUAUGAUAUUAAGUUUUCUUUAUAAAAUAAAAUACUACAUUAAACACUUUUUUUUUUUUUUAACCACAAAGUAAGACUCUUUAUGAAACUUUUAUUAAAUUUUGAAGUAUUUCUAUUCAAAUCUAACAAUUUUAUCACAGAGUAUCUACUGAAUACAAAUUACGUACAAAAAUCACAGAAUAAAAAUGUCUAUAAAUAGCUCAAAAAAAAUAUUACAUUUUUUGAAAAUUUUACCACGUCUAGAAAAGAAAAAUAUAAUUUUUCUGUUCAAAUCAUAAAUGUCUACGAAUAUUUUUAAAUGAAUUACAACAAAUAAUAAAAUAAAAAAUAAUAAUAGCAUUAUUUUCGUAAAUUUCCCGUUUUUCUUACGUUUUAUCCUGGUUUUUUCCAGAUAAAAUAAAAACUGCUUUGAAAAUCAAAAAAUUACCUCCUAAAUGUACCAUAUAGACAACAUUUCCUUUCAGAAAUAGUACCACGCAUAUAUAUUUGAGCAAGAUUUCUGGUAGAAUUUUUGUACACUGUAUACAAAAAUAAACAUCUUAGUAAAACCAGUAAAUUCCUCGCUACACUUAGAAUUUUAAAUUAAAUGAAGGAAUACAUAGAACAAAUAAAUUAUAAAAAUUGGUUAUUUUACAUAAAAAUAAUUUAUUUUAAUAAGAGAGAUUAUUUAAAAUGGAUUAUUAUUAAACAUAAAUAUCUUAUAAAAUAUUAAUCAUCAGAUUAUUAUUUACUAUCUAAAAUGUAAGAUAUUAUUUUUAAAAACGGUUUGUACAUUUAAAAUAUUAUUAAAAUUAUUUUUCUUUAUUUCAUUGAAUACAUGCAGUUCAUUUAAAACUGAAUUAAUGUAAAUGCUAUUUCGGGUAUUUAAUGUCUCUUAGUUUGUUGAAAUAGAUAUGUCUAUAUAAAUAUAAAUUAUUGUCUAAUAAUAACCCAUUUUAUAGUAAUCUCUCCUAUUAAAAUAAAUAAAUGUUUUAAUAAUUUACAAAUAAUAUGUGCACAUUCUUUUUAUAAUUUAAAUUUUUUUGGAGGAUUUGUCUUAUUCUGAACAUUUGGUUCGUAGUUUAAAAUACAAUAUAAAACGACUUUAUAAGUUGUGUCUAAUAAUAAAAUAUCCCUAUAGUUACUGAAUUUCUGUAAGGUUUUUCUCUUAAGGAUUGGGCAAACCAAUACAGUGUCCCGGUUUAUUGGAAGUCUUUUUUUAGACAAUAUAAUUUCUAUAAUACUAUGUAUUAUAUUGAUUGUUCCCUCGUUCAGGUUUUUUAGAAAUUUCCGUUUGAAUUUUUUAUUGUCUCAUACUAUGGGACAAGACAACUAUAUGUUUUUUCAAUCUAUUAAAUUGGUUUACUAUUUAUUAUUUUCUUGGGGGUAGGCAGUUUCUAUCGUAAGGUUCUUUUGGCAUUUAUGUGACAUGAAUUUGACAUCUCCAUUUGGUUUUCACAGUUAAGCAAUUAGUCAACAUUUUAUGUGUUAACCAAGUCAAUUAAAUUUUUAAAAAAUAUUUAGAACCAUUAAGAUCAAGAAUAAAUAAAUUGUAUACAUUAAUCAUCAAAAUUGAUAAAAAUAAUCAAUACUAUUUUAUUGUUAAUUCUAUACAAAUAGUUUUUAGAUGAACAAUCUAUUUAUUUUAGUAUUAUUACCUAUUUGAAAUUGAAAGUUGUUCUUUCGAAUUACCUUAUAAUGGUUAAUUAAUUGUGUAUGGCCCCCAUUUAUGUAUUCUUGUGUAAAUAAAAUACUCGUUUUUUAUUUUAUAAAUAUUAAGACUGUUAAAAUCUUGAGAAUUUACAUUUCAAUUUCUAUACGAGUGCUUACACUUAAACUUUGGACUGUAAAAAUUGUAUGAAAAAUGUUUGAAUAUGUUUUGUUUAUUUCUAAUUAACUUGUUACACAGAAAAAUAAAUGUAUUUAUAAUGGAAAUAAAAUGUUUACAUUAAAGUACAAGGAGUAAAGUUUUUAUAAUUAAUUAUGUAUAUAAUUCGGUCACGACCACCUACGGGAAGUAUGCUUGAAGUUAUUUUUACCUAACUAAACUAAAAAAAAUAAUCUGUAGAUAAAACAUCACUAUUACCAGGAAUGUAGGCGGAAACUUAGAGAAAAGAUUCAUGUCAAAUUGAAUUUGUUUAAUAUAUAAUAUAAUUCAUGGGCAACACCAAUGAUGACAGCUUGUUAAAAAUUUACAAAAGAUAAAUAUUUUCAUAUAAUGUAUCGGCUCGCGAAGGUUAUACUUAAUGAAAUGACAUUAUUCCUUAUAUAUUUGUAAAAUCAAGUAUUUACAAUGUAUAUCUGGUCAGAGGAUAAGGUUUUAAUCUUGUGUUUGUGUGUUUGUUCAAUAAAAUCAUACAAUAAAGUCCGAUGGUACUGCAUAAGGUCGAAAUAAAACACGUAAUUUAAGUACUGACAUCAGUACCUACUAUAUUGUCGUCUCCAUGUAACAACCACAUGAGUCGAUUUCUUGAAAUUUUUCAGGACAAAAAAAAAUCUAGAGACGUUCUUUUAUAAAAAUAGAUAAGAGUAUUCCAUUUAAAUAUUCCAUUAUUAUCGAAAAAGGUGGUUUUUUUUUUUUUUAUCUUUUCUAGAUAGGCUUAUUAAAAAUAUGCAAUAAAUGUGAAGUAUGAAAUUAUCAAGAAAAAUUUCUAGUUAAGUGGUUUUCCCAUGGAGACCAUGACAUAUUAAAUCGUCGUUGGAAGCUGUGCGAAAUAAAUUUUUUAGUUUUCUUUGCUAUCAUUGUAAUAUCCCCCGUGUUCCACACUUUUCUUACGCUUCUCUUUCUCGAUUCUCUUGAAUUACGUAGAAUAAAAUUGAUUUGGACUUGUAUAAUGUUAUCCAUAAUAAUAUUGAUUGUCCUGAGUUAUUUAUCCGUUUGUCCUUUAUGAUCCCACAACGUUUUACUCAUGUUACAUUCUAUGUUCCCAACCACCGAACUAAUUAUGCGAUGAAUAGUCCGAUUUAGUGUAUUAUGCAACUAACUAAUAAAUAUAACAGAAAUUUAUUUUAUUUUCACUCAUUAUAUAGCUUUAAACAAAAUUAAAAUUACCAUAUCUUAGGUAACAAUUUAUGUUAAUAUUAGACCUUACAUUUUUACAUUAAGUUUAAUCCUUGUAUUUUAUCACAAUUUAACACUCUUAUUUAGUUUAAUUCUUAUCUUUUGUUUAAUAUUCUGUUUAUUUCCAUAUUUUUUACGAAUUAUAUAAUCAAUUAUUAUUAUUAUUAUUGUUAUUAUUAUUAUUAUUAUUAUUAUCUGUAUCACUGUGCACUCUUUUUCUUUAAAAUAUGUAAUUGGGAUAUUUAAUCCGUUUAAAUAUUGAAAUAAAUAAAUAUUAAAUUUAUAUUAAACAAUAGUAUUCAAUUUAAAAAAAAAUUAAAAUAUCCAUAAUUAGCUUAAAAAUGGCUUAAAUAUUUUGAACAUUUUACCACGCUUAGAAAAAAAAAAGAUAAGUUUUCUAUCAAAAUUUCAAGUCUCUACGAAUAUUUGUAACCGUAUUAUAAAAAAAAAACAAAAUUUAAAAUAAUUAAAGAAUUAUUUUCGUACAUUUUCCCGUUCUUUCUACGUUUUUGUCGGUCUUGCAAAAUUACUAAAAAAAUUACAAAGAAAAUUAAUAAGAUUAAAAAUAAAAUAAAAAAGAUCUUUUAUUUUUUUUUUUCUAUUUGAGCAAUAUUUUUAUAGAAAACAUAAGUCAUAUAAAUUUAAAAUAAUGAAAUCAUAACUCCGUAAAUUUGUUCGUUUUUCAUUUUUUGUCUUUAUCCGGUUUUCCUGAGUAAUAAUAAAACCCAUUGGAAAAUCAAAAAAUUACUUCCCAAUUCACCUACUAAAUAAAAUUUUUAUUCACGGAACGUUCUAUACUUGAUACUUUGGAGUAAGAUUUUCGGUAGAAAAGUUGGUCGAAAAUAGAAAAAAAAAAAAAUACAAAAGAAAACAUAAAUUAUAUAAAAGGCCAAGUAUGACGUUAUUAUAGAUCGAUACCUUGCUAAACUCCGAAACUAAAUAAAUAUUGCAGGCUACGAGUAACCAAGUAUUUUAAAGUUUGAACGUGCCUAACUAAUUAAACAUGAUUACUAAUUACAAUGUGCACCGUAUGUGCCCCCGUGACAUAAUAGGGACCUAUUUUCCGAGUAGUAAUCACUUGUUAAAAUUUCCCUUGCGAGAAAAAAGACGAACGGGAAAUUCGGAUGUUCAGAGCGUGAUAAAUUAAUGUUUAUAUAAUAAACGGUUGUGUAAUACUAUUACAUCAUAUCGUAUGAUAUAGCAGUCACAAUCAAAGCUAUUUCUUCCGGUCUAAGCAAGUUAACACCAUUAUAAUUAGGAAUGGGCCACUUUUUACCGAUAUCCGAUAUUCCGAUAUAAUUUAACUCGUUAUUUUUAUUUAUCUCACAUAAUCUAAAAGUCUAUAAACGUACAUAUUAAAAUUACUUGCAGAUUUUUAAAUCACUACAAUUUAAAUGUGUGGUUUAUUUUUAAAAUAGACCACUGUGUAUAAUUUAUGUAUCUCUGUUUGUAUUGUUAUUAUAUACUAUAACUACUAUUCUCAUAUUAACCGAUAAAAUAGUAGAUAACCUACUACAAUACAAUGCAUACAAUCUAAUUACUUCCUACAUGGUCAAAUGAACAGAUAUUAUCCGAAAUCCGGAUUCCGAAUCUAGAUACAUUAUAAAUAUUGCUCAGCACUAAUAUGUACCCAUUGUAGAGAAAAUUUCGACUAGUCGAAAUUCUUCGCCCAGAAAUGAAAGAGUGUUAUACUUCAGUUCGUCGUGUUAAAUUUUCUUAAUUGUAUAUACCUUCUUGCCGUCUAUAAUAAAUAAUUUUCAUUCGUAUACUCCAGCAUUAUAAUAACGCCAAGUCACCACUUUGAAUCCUCACUUUACUCACCCAUUCUCGUUUUUUAAAUGUUGAAGAUUGUCCAUUUAUACUCUUUCAUCAGAGUAUCCCUUUAGUUCUAGGUGUCUACAUCUAAAAUACCUCCCAAUUCUUCACCGAGAAAAAUUUUCGUCCCUAAAUUAUUCGAUUUAUAUGGUUUAUUACCGAUACGAAAUAUUGUACGCUCAACUCUGGCCAUAGGCUAUAAUACGUAUAUAUGAUAUGUAUGACAAUUUUUAUUAUAAAGAAUACAAUAUGUACAAUACAGUAUGAGUAUAUACUAUACUAAAACACUACACCAAUAUAAAUUAAGGAAAGAUAUACAGGCUGACCCACGAAGAUAUACCCCUUGAAUAUCUCCGAGAAUAAACAUAGUCAAUUCUAAUUUUUUUUUAGUAAAAAAAUUAACAUUUUAUCUUAUUAUUUUUGGAAAGUUUUAAGAUAGCCAUUCUGUAUAGUUUAUUUUUCGGAAAAUUUGAAUGUAUCACACAUUUAUAUUCGAAUUUAGACUUGUCCAUUUAGAAUAUUUUCUAAGUAAUAGUCAUUUUAAAUUCUAAUCCGUGUGAAAACCUUUGUUAUGGUUAUGUUAUUCUUUUGAUAACAUUGGUUUUCACACGGAUUAGUAAAAUUUAAUAAAAAAAAAAAAAUCUAAAUUUGGUUAUCGUUAGUAUCUCCGGAGAUAUUUAAGGGGUAUAUAUUCGUGGGACAACCUGUAUACGAAUGCCUUAUUAGGAAGAGCAUUAGACAGGCAAAUACAAGGGAUGGAUUGGGAAAAUUUGAGACAAAGUUGUAUGACGGGGUGAUUCUGAUGCCCGAAUACCUCAGAAAGAAAUUAUAGUUUAGUUUUCUUUAUGUUUGAAUUUAUUCUAGAAUUAUAAUUGUCUGGAAUUUUUUCGUCACGUCAUCGGGACUCUUCUUUUACAUAAAAAUGUGAGUGAAAUUUUCAAGACUAAAAUUCUCUUUUCGUGAAAUGUUUGUUAGUUCGCCACCAUUAGAGCCCGGGGACCAGUUUCCUCACUUCACUCUAGUGGCAAUAGUCUGAUCGGACAACCCUUUUAAUCCGAGCCAAGUACAAUGACCCCUAGUAAGUGAAUGGGCUUUAAAAUCCUCUUGCGUCCCCGUCAGACAAAAGUCCUUUUGUAAAAGCGAAUAUACGAAACAACCGCGACGGAUGUAUUGUGAACGGUUAAUGAUUCGAUUAAAAAGCACUCGGGUUCAGCGUCGGCCAUCUAUUAUAGACUCUACUCUGCAAACCCAUUGCAUAAUAUAAUAUAUAUUGUAAUACAUAUACAGUUUUGGGAUCGGUAGCCGAUGUGUUCGUGUCGUCCACGAAUUAAUAACGUCACUUUUUCUACGUCCUUCUCAACACUCCCACGCGCUCCCUCUCUGUUUCACCACUGCGUCGUGUCGUAUAGGCUGUUUUCGCGUUCAAAGGGGGAACGCCAAGCAAAACGAUUUCACGGAUCAAUCGAAACUAUUUAUUGUUGUUUUGUCCUCUAGAACAAUUGAUCGCCGGGACAUUUAUAUGCGUAGGUAUAAUACGCAUCGUAUUGUACGAAUCUGGACCAAAUCCUACGUGUUUUAGGUAUAGAUAGCCUUACAAAAACUAUACAAUGCACACUAUAAUUGCAUAAUGCGUAUAUAGUAGAAAUAUUACGUGACGUCACUAGAAUUAGUUCGUUAUUUUUUCCCUCCACCAUUAUGGUUUCUUACGGGUCUGAGUGUAUUGAAUAUAAAUGGAACUAUAAAAGUACCAAUAAUGAAUCUGUUAAGGUGAAUAUAGGAUGUACACUGUACAGACAAGUAGUCACUGGAAGAGUGGGUAUAGCAAAAGAAAUGAGAGUAUGGUCGGUAUAUGAAUUUUUUUUUUUUUGUUUAUCAUUUUUCACCAGAUUAGUUUUUUUUGUCGUAUUAUUAAUUAUUGCCGGUUUUAUAAGACCCGUCUACGCGUUUAAACAUAAAUAUUAUAAUACAGAAAUUUAUGAUGGCAUCAGCCUAUAAGGAUUUUCAUUUAUUUACAGUUUAAAGAUACUUAAAUACGUUUUCGAUGUUAUUUAUUGGCACCAAUUUUAAAAAUGAAAUCUCUCAUCGGACACACAUUAUAUUUUAAUUAUUAUACAUCUAAGUAUUUCUAUUACUUUUUACCCGUACGUUUAAUUUGAAAUCGAAUCGGUGAGUGAAAACUAAUAAAAUAUUAUAAUAAAUCUACUUGACUGGAUAUUUUAAACAUUUUUUUUUUUUUUUAAUGAAUAGAAACAAAGAAAUAUUCCACAAAUAAAUAAAUAAACCGUUAAAACUAAAACAUACAUAUUAUUAAUUCAUGGAUUAUUUUGUAUUGGACACUUUAAAUACAGAAAAACAAAAUUUAAAUACCUCUCCAACAGUUCUGUUUUUUCAGCAAUAUUAUUUAAACUUUUGCAAAUUCUAUUAUUCACUCUCAAUAUAAUAAUAAUAAUAAUAAUAAUAAUAACACAUAAAUUCACUGCUAAAGAUUUAAAAUUGAUUUACAGGAAAAAUAUAAAAACACCAUGAUUGGAGAAAGAGAUUAAAAAAAAGUUCUUGUAAUUCAAACGAUUGGUUGUGAAGGUUUAUAUACGUAUACAUAAAAAAGAGCAAUGGUUGUUACGUUUUUUUUUCUUCUAAUAUUCAAACAAUGACUAUUCAGAGAUUAAAACGCAAAAAUCGUUUGAAAUAAUAUAUUAUUAUAAAAAAUACAAAUAUUUUCCGUCUAUUAUUUCUCUUGUCAAAUCAACCAUAAUAUUUUUAGAGUGCAAAAUAAUAUAUGCAAUAAAAUUGUAUAAUAAGAGUCAUAAUAUUAAAUACAUACCGUAUUGUUUAUUAUUACCGUGGUUUAUUAAUGUUCCUUUAAAAGGUUUAUCAACUAAUUUCUUUACCUUAUUUCGUACAUAGUAUAUUACGUAACUCGCACUCUAUUUGUAUUAUUAUAAAGUUACAAUAUAUAUAUACACUGUAUUAUCAAAUACAAAAGUAAUAAAGGUUAUAAACUUUUUUAGAUUCUGAACGGAGUGAAGAAUGUAUUACAAUGAUAAUUAUAAUUUUCAUUUUUUUUUAUGUGAACACUUUUUAUACGAGAAAGCUUACUCCGAUUAUCAAGUAUAACAACUUUUCUGCAAGGAUAUGUUCUCUGGGUGAUACUUUAAACAAGUAAUUUUUUGAAAUUCUCAUUAAUGUUAGAGAUAAUGAGGAAUAUCUGGUCCUUUUGGUUAAAAAAAGAUUGAAAGAUUAAAAUUAAGGUUGUCAUUGGCAACCGUUUUUAUUUAUUUAUUGUUAUUAUUAUUAAGUUUUUAUUAUUUUAAUCUUUUUUUUAAACAAUCAUUGUUGUCAUGGAAACGCGCAUUGUUGAAAAAGCAAUACUACAGCCGAGCUAUAUUAUCGAUUUCAAUACAUUCUUUUAACUAUUAAUCAUUAUAUUAUAAUUCUUUAUUCUAUACUUAAUUAUCACUAUCAACUGAACUCCACUCAGAAUCAGUUUGUCAUUAGCAAUGGUUAUCGUAACUUACAAAUACAUAUUUAAUUCCUUUCUGUACCCUACCUUUUUAACUUUCCACCUACAAAAGUGGAUGCACCCACGUAUGAAGUAUGAAGUAUGUCCGUCUUUUAUUUUUAAUAACGUUAGGUAGAUAUAUAUUAUAAACAAUUAUUGUAAUUUAUAAACAUAAUUAAGCGAAAAACGAUUUUAUGAAAAAAAACAACAAACAUACAAAACUCAUAACGGAAUAAUUUAAAACUAUUUUAUAACCUAAAAAUAAAAUAAAUUGGUUUUUAUUUGUUUCUGUUUAUAGGUUUUGUGGAUGUGUGUUAUUAUUUUUACGAUCUAUUUUAUAACCAUUCAAUACCCAAGUAUUAUUUCGUAUAGCCAUAUUUGAUUUUUUAUAUUGUCGAUAAUUUUAUUUCUAAGGCCCGUGCCGUACUGAGCGCCAAACGGGCGGGUUGCCCGCUAUAACUAAAUAUUUACCACACUUGGCCUUUUGAUGGUUAAUUUAAAUAUAUGACAUCAUGAUAAUAAUGUAAUAAUCGAUUAAUCUGUUAUCCGGUUAAUUGGAAAUUUAUUUUUAUAUUUAUGUACAUAAAUAUGUUAAAUAUAGCACAUUUUCAAUAAACUUUAUACUGUAGUUGUGUAUUAAAAUUAUAAUUGAUAACGUAACACUCAUAAUUAACUUAACGUUAUAAUUUUUCAUAAUGUUAAGCCAAAAAAAGACGGACAUACUUCAAACAUGGGUGCAGCCACUUUUGUAGGUGGGAAGUUAAGGUAGGGUACAGAAGGGAAUUUAAUGUACAUCUGUAAGUACCGAUGAACCAUUGCUAACGAAAAACUUAUUCUGAGCGAAGUUCAGUCGAUAGUAAUAACUAAGUAUAGAAUAAAGAAUUAUAAUAUAAUUAUUAAUAGUUAAAAGAAUGUAUUGAAAUCGAAAUUUAUUUUAUUUUAAUAUAGCUCGGUUAAUAGUAUUGCUAUUUCAACAAUGUGCGUUUUCAUGACAACAAUAAUUGUUUAAAAAAGAUUAAAAUAAUAAAAACUUAUGAAUAUGAAAAAUAAAUAAAAAUGGUUGCCAAUGACAGCCUUAUUUUUAAUCUUUCAAUUUGUUUUAACGUAAAGAACCAAAUUUUCCUCAUUAUCUUGAAUAUUAAUGAGAAUUUCAAAAAAUUAUCUUUUUAAAGUACCACCAAAAGAACAUUUUCUUUCAGAAAAAAUUCUUUACUUGAUAAUUGGAGUAAGCUUUCUGAUAAAAAAAAAAUAAAAAAAAUCAUUGUAAAACUAAUACAUUUUUCGCACCUCUCGGAAUCUAAAAUAUAUUAAAAUACCCAGAAAACAGAUAAAAUAUAAUAUCUAUAAUAAUAAUCCAAAUACAGACAAAUAGUUACUAUAGUAUUACUAGAUAAUAACAAAUUUCCAUCUAGAUACAAAAAAAAUAAUUAUAUUCGCUAAGUAUCACAAAACUAAGUGCACAAAUUUGUAAAAGAUAAGGGCUAAUAAAAAUUUGGAUGAUUUGAUAUACAUUUAUAUUUCAAAGAAGUUGUAUGAUUAGAGAAAAGUGUAAUAAUAAUUAAUUUACCACAAAUUAGUAUUAAUUAAAAUAUGUUACCUAUAAUUUUAAAUAAUAUGUACUUAAAUUACGAUUUAAAAAAAGAGUUAUCUAGAUGAUAAAUUAUUUAACUCAGAUAACUUAUUGCUCAUUAAUUGGUAAGAUACGAAAUAAAAAUAUACCUAUCUAGAUGAAACACAACACGGGUUAUAAUGAUAAAUCAUAAUACUUUCAAGCUACGUAAUUUUGAUAUAACAAAUCGAUCCUCAAUCAAUCUACGUUUAUUAUUUCAAUUACAUAAAAUCCGAAGUCUCUAGGUUAUUUCGAAGUUUUAUCGUUUCACGACGGUGUUUGUACCUAUACGUAGACAUAAAAUCCUUAUUAUUGUCACUUGAAUCUUUUAAUAUUCAUUGACGAUGGAGUUUUCGGGUUGGUACUAUUUACUGCAAUUUAUUAUCAUUUAAUUUUUUUUCACGUUACUGUAUUAUCCUUGAAAAAAAUAACAUUUUAAUCCGAAACGAUAUAUAGUCUCGUCUAUUUUGAGCCGGAAACAAUUUAAAUAUUUACGCGCUUACCGCAAUAUUAAGUCCUCGGGAUAAAGCUUAUCAAAAAGUUUAAUAAUUAUAAAUGACGUUUAAUUUACAAUCGCAAGCUGUACCUGCGGUUUUCUUAACACGCGGUUAAAACACCAAGAAACCCGUGAAUGUACAUUUUUACCAAAGUUUAAUGGGUUAGAAAAUGUUAACAGGAAACCUAUGCAGAGUCCUGUUGUAAAAAAAAAUAUUAUAAAAAAACAUAAUUAUAUUAUUAACUUUCCGUUGAAACACUUGAAACUCAUCAAAUUCGCGCACCAAUUUAUUUUAUUUUUGUAUGAUUUUCAUCGUAAAAAAUUAAUUUGUUACCAAUGUUUUCCUAUAAAUGUGUUUCAAAUACCGCGAUCUUAGAUUGUCUCUGAAUCGUUUUCGAAAUCGAAUAGUUUGCUUUAAAUGAUCGUUAGUUGUUAAGUCAGUAUUUAAAAAUCCUUCGUUGUAAAUCGACGAUGCGAAGAUGGGCAUUUGAAUAUGCAAACUUGUGAAAUAAAUAUGAAAAAAAAAAAGAUUGAAUUUAAUUCUAAUAAAUAAUUAUGAACUAAAUAAUAAACUAUAUAUAUAUAUUUUACUCAUAUAUGCAUACAAGUCCAUAGACAAUCACCAACAAAUUGAAAAUAAAAACAUAUAUAAUUAAGUAUUAAAAACUCAUUGUAUUAUAGGACAGAAUAUUUGCUCGCCUAGCUAUACAUACAAUAAACAAGCAAAGAUGUAUAAUUUCUCAUCCCUAAUAAUUAUAUAUGCGUGUUUCGACAGGUGGAUAUACUGGACACGUGCGGAAAUCCACAGUUUCCGGCAAUGCGACGGUUGAGCAUAGCUAACGCUAACGCGUUUUUGUUCGUCUAUUCAAUCGAUUGCGAGCGGUCGUUCGAGAUGGUCAAACGCAACUUCGAGGAGGUCCGCGAACAGCGUGAGGACUACCAGGCAUUGCCAAUCGUGGUGGCCGGCAACAAACUCGACCUUCCAGCCGACCAUAGACGUAUCGCCGUGGAAGAUGCAUCUGAGUGGCUAUACUGUGAACUUCCAAAAAUGAGGCGAGUAAACAAAACUGUUUGAUGAGAACUCGUAAGCAAAAGUUGUUAAGACAACUUUAGAGACAUGCACCAAUUGUCCUCAAAAAUAACUUUUUUUUAUAUCGAUUCUCCUCGAACUACCUAGAGUAAAAUGUACCAAUUGCUCUCAAAAUAUGAUAUUAUACAUGACCACAAUAAAACAUAUGGGCGUAUAAUGGAAAUUUCGUCUUUUUCCUGUUACCUACCCGACGUGGUUUUGCUAAAUAAUCGGAAUUUAUUUAGUUCGCACUCAAGUUGGUAAGUGAAGUUAGCUGCACUUUAAAUAAUACACAGUUUGAAAUUCCCCUCUUUGUAUAUUCUGCGUAACUGUGCUUUUUUAUACAUUGAGAGCAACUGGUACACUCGUCUGAGAGUGAUUGGUAGAUUUGGUUGAGGGUAGCUGCUACUUUUUUUAAAUGCUGAAAAUAGCCACCGAGGAUAGUUAUAUACAAUUACAUAGGCGCAACUAGAUCACCAACUAUGGGGGUGCUAAAAUUAUGGAUACGUCAAAGACCCACGGGAGUCUCCCACAAUCCCCUUUAUACGGCUUUUACAAUAGUCAAUCGCAUCUUUCAUUUACACUUUUGAACCUAUAAAUUUAUCAAAAAUAUGUUGACAUUAUUUUUCAUUCACACAUGAAUUGUCUAUAUAAAACUUGUAUUUUGUUCUGCUCAUUAAUUAUAAAAUGUUAUAUGGAUAAGAUAUUUAGUCGUUGCUCUGAAAAAUAUAAUUGGGUUUUUUUAAGGGAGCUAAUGACCCCUUAGCACCCCACUCUAGUUAUUUCUAUGGGUAUGUAUCUUUUAACAAGGCAUAUGGGUAUAUUACCUCGUAACUCAUACGCAUUAUUAUAUUUCCAAUUUAUUUCUACGCAUAAUAUUGCGUUAUUAUUAUAAUGCGAACGUCUAUACACUAAGUACCUACUAACUUAAAAUAAUACAUCAUUUAAAAUGUCUUUCUUCUGUGUAUUCUGUGUUAGUGUAUUUUAUACAUUGAGCAUAAACGGUUUUUGUUAUUGCUGUAGAUUUUCUUCGGAGCAAAACCUUCUCUGUGGUUUGGUAACGUAUAUUAUGUAAGUUGUCCUUUAAUUCGUGAGAUAAAUAUUCUUCCGAUAUAACGUCCUUAUCAGAUAUUUCGUAUAACAGUUGUUUAAAUGUUUAUCUAACUUUAUCAACGAACUCGUUUUAUUAAAUCAUUAAUCCUAAUUUACCUCCUCCACACUUGAAUUUAGAGUUCUGUAAACAAAAUAUGUGAUACGUCCAUGUUAAAAUUAUGCUUUGACUUUUUGGACAUUUAACGAUGGUGCUAACAAGUAUUACACGGCCCCGAUAGACGUCCCAGAGAUGAGCGUAUUUCGGUUUCCGGUUAUGAAAGAAAUAAAAACACAAACGUCCUAUCGAUCACUGCAGACCGCGCGGGAUUUGACGUAUGCUAUUACUUGGACCGAAUACUGCGAUUUAUAAUGCACACCGCGAGCAGUAUAAGUAUAUUUCAUUUCCGGGCCGACGGCGCAGGGCAUUUGUUGUUGUUGCCCGGACGUCCGGUGUCGACAAGGGCCCCCUCGAGAGACGCUCAACGGUGGCAACAACAGUAUCAAAUUUCGUCAUGCCGUAUACAAUACGUCAUAAUAACGACCUCCAGUAAACGGGUGUCGUUGCCUGAAGCGAAUCUAUCCGACCUCGAUCACCGAAAUAUAUUCAUCACACAUCAGACUGAGAUGACAUACCAAAGCCGUUCGUGCGUACGAUGAUAUUUUUGUCGGUCCUCAUGGUCGUUUCAUUUUAGAUUCUGAACGGGCAAGGAAUAUAUUGGUUUAACAGUGAAUAUUUUUUUAUAAGUGAAGAAUGUUUCUUUUUUUUGAUUUAAUACUAAUAUUUUGCAAGUUUUUUCGUUUACUUUAAUUCAUUUAAUAGUUCAUUAUUACUUCACAAUUUCAUGGACUUCCAACUUUAGAAAUUUAAGAGCUCGUUUAAGCGAAUAUUGUGUGACUUUUUCAAAUUGCUUUCAAAAUAUUUGUAUUUAUUGAAUCUAUCUAUUAUGAUAUGGGUAUUAGGUAGGAUAAAGGUAGGAUAAUAAAGAUAAAAUAAAAAAUGAAAUUACCUACCUAGUCAAAAUAAGAAUAAUAUAAUAGAUGCGCGGUCCAAUGAAAACAACCUAAUUAGUAAUAGUACCCUAAAGGUAUAGUAUAAAAGUGAAACCACUAAAACGAUACGAGUAUAUUGAUAGAAAUUGGAUAUGAUUUAAAGUGUUGAUGGAAGCUGGUGAAGAAAUAGGUAUAAAAGUUUUUAAAGGAGAUAAUAUAAAUACGUAUAUGGUAGAUAAAAAAUUGGUGGUUGAAUAGGGGGUAGAAAAUCAUAAAGAGUGAAAGUAAAACUAGCUAAUUCAAAUAUGUGAGAUAAUGGUGAAUAUGGAUAAGAACAUUAUACUGUUUUCAAUAUUCAAUGAAUGAAAAACAAAAUCCUACCGCAAAUAUUUCGUGAAAAAGGUUUUGAUGUUAUUUUAUCUUAAAAAUCUAUGCGAUCUCGUAUAUUCGUGUUUUCAAAUUUGUGAGUGUUAUUUUUCUAAAACCUAUUUUGUCGCUAGCAGUGGUGUUCUCAGGAAUUUCUAUAGUAAGGGAGAUAUAAUUAUAUAAAAAUUAUUUUCAAAAAGAGAUAAGGAGGGUAUGCUUCCAUACCCUUGUAUUAAUAAAAGAACAUACAUUAAAUUUUAACACAUAUUAUAUGAUAUGAGGCUUAGCUAAAUUUUGAGAAGCUGAUGGGGUUUUUUAGGGCUAUUUUCGCCUAUAGCCAUGACGUAGAUACACAGUACACACUACACAAUAUAUUAUCCUAUUAUUAUGCGUAAUAAGAAAACAACUAUAUGAAAAGAUUUUCGAAAUAUUAAUAAAUAUUUUUGUGACGUCUAAAACAAGAAUUAAAUCUAUUAAAAUAAUAUAAUGAAAAAAAUAUUUUUUUAAAAUGAAAAAAUUGAUUAAAAACCGUAAGCAUUCAUGAAAAUAUCCUAAAUCUGCUCCUUUUUAAGCUUUUAUUAAUAUUUUAGACCUUUGAGUUAAAAUUAUAAAUCAGGGAUACCAAACAAAAAUGAUUCGAUAUUAAAACUGUUUCCUUUGGCUAUAAUAAUACUGUAUUGUGUAUAAUAUAGUCAAUUAAUUGUAAUAGUUGUAAAAAUUUACUUAAAUAUCUGUUUUUAAAAAAUAAUAUGUUAAAAUAUUCAAUCAAUAUUGUUAUAAAAACAAAAAAAAAAAAACAAAAUUAGUAAGGUACUAAAUAAUAGUUAGGUAUUUAUGAACAUUUUAAGGUUUUUGGUACAAUAUUAUUUAUCUUCUUGUAGACUAUAUUAUUAUAAUAUUUAUUUGAAAAUAACCAAAUUAUAUUGAAUUCAAAAUUGUUUACUUUUUAUGUAGUUUUUUGACAUAUUCAUACGCAAUAAUUAUUGUCUUGUUAUGUAUUAUAAUUUUGAAUCUAAUUACUAUAGAACUACAUUAUUCGGCCUGUACCGCGUUUGCCUGUUUACUAGAUGUUUGCUUGUAUUCGAGAAACUAACUUAGAAUAUUAGUUUCUUAAUUUUAAAGUUUAUAAAGUAUAUCGAAUGUUAGUAUAAAUAUUCAAUUAAAAGAAAUCAAUAUACCCCGCAGUGCUUAUAUUUUUGUUUAAGAACUAAAAGUUUAAUUUACAAUAUAUGAGAAAAAUACCAUAAAUUUGGAAUUUAUAAUAAUUCACAGUACCUACCUACCUAUCCACUCACAUAUUUUGUUGUCAAAUAUUUUUUAAAAACAAUAUAUUUAUAAGAAAUUUUUAAAGGGUAAAAGCACUCGUGAGUAGAGCAGAGGUAGUCUAGCUGAUAGUAGAUUACUCCGUGGCGUUUAUUAAGAUUAAUGUAAUUUCUUCCGUAAAAAAAAAUAAAGGAACUACGUAGUGCCGUCAGGGUAGAUUUUCUGAUUACCAUGAAAAAAAAAAAACUAAUGUCGCUUUUUAAUUCUAUAUAGCUACACACAAAAUCACAUAAUACAAAUAAUCUACAGAUGAUACAGAACAUAGUAUACGACUUAUUUUAUCAAAUACUACUGAUGAAUGAAUAUGCAACUUAUCAUUCAAUUCAAUUGACAGUAAUGGUUACAUUUUAUUCGUGCAUAAAACCUCAAAAGACCGAGAUAAUAUCAGAGAUUUUCGAAAGUGUGGUGUCUUAUUAUACGCAUGUACGGACUAUAAUUUCUGGAACAAAUUUUAGAAGGGACAGCUAACUCCGAUAUAUGUUUAUGGGGGCGGGCUUCAUUAUACAACUCCAUUCAUCAUUUUAUUCCUAGGUCAGAUCUAUAAAAUUUUGUAUAGAUACGCAUAUGUGGCUGAAUUUAAGUUAAAAAGAUUUCCGGCAAAUAUUUUGUCGUGGUGGAUAUAGCUGAAAUCGUAAAUUUAAAAUAUAAUAUCGUUAUAACAUACGAGUAUUAUAUGAACAAUUAAACAUCUAGCAAAUGCAUAGUAACUAAAUAAUGAAUGCAUUAAAUCAACGAGUUGCCUCGAAAGUAUAUCUGAUUCGUGGAAUAUUUGAUUUUCCUUUGAGUUUAAAUGCUACGGAUCGGUAAUCGCCACGUUGACGUAACAGUAUACCGCAGAAAUGCAUAAAUAAAUAUCUAAUAGCUGUGAGUAUAUAUGAGUAUCGACGGCGUUGAAUAUGCUCGAAAAAUAUUUAUAUUAUACCAUAUGCAAACUCGUGACUUAACCUAAUCCGACUUGUAUGAUUUAGCGUUUGUAUAAAAUAAUCUGAGCGAACUGUUUUAGAUGAGUGAAUUUGACGAAAUGAGAUGAUGAUUUGAGAUGAAACCGUUAAUUUUAAACGCAGACCUUUCAAAUAAGUGAUAUCAGUAAAAUGAGAGGAGUGCUUGAGUGAAAUGGUGCGGUGUGGAAUGAUUAGUGUGGGUAAAAUGAAUUUCAAUGGUGAUAUUAACGAAAUGUGCUAAAUAAACCUCAUAAAUCUUAUUUAUUAAAAGGUACCCGAGCAUAAUGAAAAUUAUAAUGAUACCACGAUUAACGUUUAUUUUUGAUAUGAAUAUUUAUGAAGCUUAAAGUAGGUAUCUAUUUAGUUAACAUUAGAUAUACAUUUAUUAUAAUUUUAAUUUAAUUAAAAUUAUGUUGUACCUACAUUAAAAAAUGGCAUUAUUUUUUCGAUUACUAUAUCCAAAUCUCACUUAUUCGUACAAUUUUGCUAAUUAUCUAUGUGUGAUUAUUUUACAAAUUAAAAAACUAUCAAUUAAUAAUUAGAUAAUUUACAAUGUGGAUUGUUUGUUUUAGGUAUUAUUAAUUAUUUAUCAAGUCUGUUAUACACACAGUUAUUUAUACAAAGUUAGAGACAAUUUUUAUAUUAAACCUGAUAGUUGUACAGUAUGCCCCACGAAGAUACAAAAAAAAAAAUAAAGACAGUCAAAUUCUCUUUUUUUUAUAUAUAUAUAUAUAUAUUAUUCACAGGAAUAAGGACUUUGAUCUUAUCCGAUAGGUUGAUAAGUGAUAAGAAUAUUUAAGUUUUAAUUAAUUGUUUAUGUUUUGGUAAAAAAAUUUAAAAAAUAACUAUGUAUAACACAUAUUUUUGAAACAUUUGAAGAUAACCAUUUUAAAGAGGUUAUUCUAUUGAUAAUGUUGAAUUUGAUUAUUUUUAUUAUAUCAGGUGAUAUCACAAUGGAUAUAUCUUCAUGGGAUACCCUGUUUAUAAUAUAUUACUUCCACUUUUAUGUAAUCAAAUUUUCGGUUUGCAAAGAAAAUUAAUUGACUUGUACGAUAUCACUAUGAUUUCAGAUGAUAUUAGAUGAGAUCAAUGACAAAAAUGACAAUAAUCGUGACUCAAAAACUCUUCUCGUUGUGAGAUUAUAAAAUUUAUAAAAUUAGAUGAUUGUGUUGAUAUAAAUUAGAUCACUCAUAUUUUUUAAAACCACCUUUGGCCUGACCCAUUUUUACGAUAUUUUGAAUACGUGGAAAUAAUUUUUAGAUUUGAGUCCAUGAAAAAUACAAAAAAAUAAAUUAACAAUAAUUUACCGCCUUUGUUUUUAUUAUUAUAAAUCCUUAAUAAUUUUGGUGUAAAUAAGUACGUCAUGACCAUAUUUUUUUUUUUCGAAAGAUGGCGUAUGUCUACAUUAUAUCCAAAAAUAAUUAAUCUAUAUAAGUAUACGAGUAUAAUAUCGGUAAUAUUUUAGUUACGAAUAAUCUAUAUUGUAAACACUGAAUAAAAGUGAUAAUUUACAUACCUAAUAUCACCAUAUCGUUGUUUGGAAAACUUACAUUUUCAAAAUGUCCAAAGUUUUUAAAAACUGUGCCCCGUUUGGAAUCUCUCCGCGGGAUGAUUUAUCAUUGUUUUCUACUGUAUAAUACGAGUACCUACUCAUAAUAAUAAACGGACUCUGUGAAAAAAGAUAAGUACCCAGCACCCGGUCGUAUACCCUUUUCGUACUUAGAUUAUAUAGGCGUUUCCGUGGUCCUUUAAAACCCGUCCUAUACACUCAAAACGUUGAGAUUUUUUUUUUCGUUAUACAUUUUAUACUUGUUUGAUGACUGAUAUUAUUAUUAUUUUUUUUUUUAAAAUAAAAAAUCAGAUAAUGCGUACAUAGAAAAUAUCAAUAAUUUUCGUAUAAACCUAUACGUAUAGAUAAAUAUCAUUUAUACAUUGAAUAGGUGGUUAUAGGUACAAUUUCAUACAUCAAGGUCAUUUCGGUUUAUUUUAAACAAUGAUACCACAGCAAAUUAUUUAACAAUAAUAUGUGAGCAUAUUUCGUGAGUUACAACAUAGUUAUAUGUUUUUGAUAGCCAGGUCAAAAUCCUGAAAUAAUUCAUUAAGUCCAAAAUUCAAGCACGAGUUCUCAUAUAGAAACUUAUAAUAAACCGUGUAUACAUUUUUCAAACUUUUUCUUAGACAAAAAAAAAUGUGUUUACAUAAAUAGAAAAUAUACUAGUAAGAGUAUAGCAGUAAUUAACGUAUAAUUUUCAUCAUUUUUACGAGUUUCAAUGAAAUCUUAUACAUUCAGCGCCAAUAUGCAAAUAAAAAAUUAUGACAAUGGAUUUUAUAAUACUUAAUAUUCUCGUUUGGAUUAUAUCCAAUUCUUGAGCAUUUUUACAGAGGCAAAGAAUUUGACAAGCAUACAUUUAAAAUAAAACCAAAUUAACUCAAAUGCAGUAAAAAUACUAGUAGGUAUUACAAAACUUAUACCACGUCUGGAAAAUUUACGAUUAUUCCUCACUGAAUUUUAACAAUAAAACAAAAUCGCUUUUACAAAUCCUUUGUAUAAAUAUUACUUAUUUUCCAAUGUUCUUUUACAAUUUGCUAUAUUAUUAGGGAAAAUGCUUAUAAGAAAAAAAAAUGACCUCCCUAAUACAACGACUAGAUGACAUUGUCUAUCGUAAGCUAUUCUUAAUAUUAAUGGUUGGAUGGAAAAAAUAUAACAAACACAAAUCAUAGUAAAAUAGCGUACUCCUCACUUUGCUCACAAUCUAAAAUCACUCAGUAAACUACAAGAUUAUAAAAUUAAUUUAUAUAUGUGUAGAAUCGUAUUCGUCGAUCGCAAACACUAAACGCAUCUAUGAAUUAAAAAUACAUUUUCUAAGAGGAAUCCGUUUCUUGAAAUUUUCCAUAGCCUUGAUGUAAAGGUUUUUAUAAUGUAAUGGUAUUAUAGUUUAAUGAAAUAAAUGUGUUCGUAUUUUUGUAAAACGGAACGUUUUAUUAUGAAUAUUAUAGAUAUUACCUAUUAUACCUAUGAUAUUUGUGUAUCGGCAAAAAGUUGGCCGGAAACCGUUAAUAAUAAAGUAUUUAAAAUUUCCCACGAGCGAAAAGUUGAAUAGCUUACUGCCGGUCGUUUAUUUCAUCCAAGUCGCCGAGCAAAUAGAAUACAAUAAUUAAAACCGAACAUUUAUAUCGGUUAAACGUGCAAUGGCGCAUUCGACAGAAUGCGUAUGACAGACGAGAUAAUGACGUUGCUGGGCAAUUAAGAAGGUCCCUCGUGCGAUUUAUUUACUCUUGUCCAAUCAUAAUAAUUCACUAGCUCUACUACGAUAAAAUUGCUUAUUUAAUAUGUCGUUAAAACCAGAGCUAUUAUAAAAUUAAGCAUCGAAAGAUAUAUGGAAAUUUUGCUUUUGGAAAUUGUAUUUGGUGAUAGUGAUAUUGUAACACACCUUUUUAGUUUCCAAAUGAAACGCAAGAGGCUGUCAGUAUUUAUACCUAUUUCUAUCUAAUAUAUCCAACUACUCCCACCACACUAACCGGUCUUUGAAACAGGAUCAUAGGGACUGUUAUAAAUAAAGGUCUUUAGUUAUAUUUAACACGCCAAAGAGACUUAAGAGACUAGCUGCGUUUGAAACUCAACAUAAUAGUCAGUAAAUUGAAAAUAAUUAAAAAACGAUAUAAAAUGUAUUCCAAGUAAUAGAACUAUACAUAUUAGAAUAAUUAUUAUACACUUCGGCACGGAGUAACUUUGAUCUCCUUGGGUGAUUAUAAAAUUAUCCACCAAAGCCUAUAGUGCGAGUGCGUGUGCCGAUUAAUUGAAUGCGGACAUUGAUGGUUAAUAAUUAAAAUUAUAUUAUUGUUUAAAAGAAAUACAAGCGCGCAAGUUAAGGUAUUAAAUAUCCGAAUCAAUAAUCGGCUGUUAUUGGUACUUGGGUAUUUAAUUAUUCACACAUACGCUGUUGGGAUUUCGGUGACGGAUUUUUAACUGUCAGGAUUUUUACCCAGGCUCGUAGAUUAAAUUAAGUUCAGGAUACGAUUUAAUGCCUGUACCAUUAUACAUGAUUUAUUGGUAAUGUUGUAUUAUCGGUGUUACAGGGUCAAGUUGAUUGAGUGUUCGGCUAAGGAAAAUGUCAACGUGCGCGAACUUUUCAAGAAUCUAUUGAUAUUAUCCCGGAAGCUGAACGGACAAGAAGACCAGUCAGCGUGCCCUUUGAAGCGCCGAUCCAGCGCAUAUGUCAGCCAUACAAAAUCGUCAAGGCGCGCGGAUAAUGCGGUACCGGCGGGAGGGGCCGCGACCACUUCCGGUUCCCCGGCAACCAGUGCUUCCGGUCACGGCCGCGAAGAACAUCAGCUCCAGCAGCACAAGGAACCGGAAAGGGCAAAACCACGUAGCCGCAGCUUGAUCAGACGUUGCAGCCGGAAGACGAAACAGCAGAUCCGGGACACGACCGCAAACGGCGGCGGGUCUGGAGUGGACGAUUGCAACGUCAGCUAAACGAUUAAAGCUGGGCGGUGCAGGAUGGGAGAGACCAAAAAAAAAAAAA